CAUUCCUGUGCUCAGCAGGAGGUAGUACUCAGUCAGAGGCUGGCUGGCUGGCUGGCUGGGGAGGCUGCCUGUUGGAGAUGGUAGCCAGCCCAAGGAGGGGUGGCUUGUAGAACACAAACAGUGGUAGGUGCUGUUUGUCAUGGGCUGGGGAGGGGAGACAUGUUAGCUGCCAGGGAGGGGAGAGGAAGUGCAGCACUGAGAGAGCUCCCUCCUCCUCCAUCACAGCCCAGUCCAAUCCCAGCUCUACCCCAGCAAGCUCACAGAGAGGGCUGUGAGAGCACAUGAUGGCAGGGAAUUAAAAGCUCUGUCUGCAGUGCACCCCUUGACACCCUGCUACAAACCCACUGCUCCUCUGGGCACACACUGGGCAGCCUGGACCAGCCUGGACAUGGAGGACCAGUCAAACGGUAAGUGGGCACAGGGGCUGUGCUAACCCAUCUAGGGGUUACUUGAGGGCAACUAGCCCAAAUAAGCACAGAGCCAGCCCCUUGUUAAAGAGGACUAUUAUGGGCAUACAGAUCCUGGGGCUGCUGAUUAUCUCACACUGUUUUGUUGCAGCUCAUUGCUGGUUCUGUGCUGUGAGCAGUGUUUACAGGGGGAUUGCAACACUGUAUCUAGCGAUUGUUUUGUUUACGUUGAAGUUGCACUCAAACUAUUGUUGUUAUGACAGGCGAUAAGAUCAUAGAAGCAUCUUCUAAAGUAGCCUUCCCAGUGUUCCAGAUCUUCACUGGGCAUUGGGCAAUACCCACACUGGUAGUGUACCUAUCUGUCUAGGAUUGGUUGUCACUCUGUGGAUACAUACUGUGCUCUAGAAUCGAUUGUAAGCUCUUUGAGCAAGGCCUUCUGCACAUUAAAGUGGUUCUAUUCGUUUUGGAUUUCUUUGAAUACCCAAUAUAGAAUCUGUGCUAUUUAUUAGUGCUUUAUUAGAAUGACCUAGGGGGGGACUCCUUGUCACAGUAAUACAGGGCUUGCAAUCUAUACAUGCCUUCAAAUAUAAAGGGGUAGGUCGCAGAGAGUCCCAGUAAGGUGUGUAUAUAAGCACCUGUUUGAUAACUUUAAUAUUUAAUUUCUGUAAAUGUUGAUUUACAGCAUUUUAAACUCUGUGCACAAGACUGCAAAUGGCAUGACUGAUUCUAGCCUGGCAGUGAAUUAUCUAAAAAUAUUCCAUUUGAUUUCUGUAUAUAUUUGCAUUUACAAGCAUUACAUUUUUACCAAUUUGUUUUAGAUCUGUGUUUUAAUAAGCCAUCAAGGUUAACGCACAAACCAAAAGGGAGCAGGAAGUGUUUUUCAGACAAACUAGUGGUUAACAUUCUUUGCUGCAGAAUUGCAUGUGGGAGAGGUGUUUGACUUGCACUUCGGUUAUAAACCGGCAAUACUUGUCAAUUUUAAAUGCCAUUAAAUACUGCUCUCCCAGUAAUAACUAGGCAGGCGUAUGACCUGCCACUACUGAUGUUCUCCGAGAUGAAAUACAUUUUCAAAUUAUUAGGGAAACAAGUACAAUAAACUAAAAAUGGUGCUUUUAAGUAUAACAAAGUAAAAAAAAAAAAAAAAGUUAGAGGUUGCAGUUGCAAUCAAGAGUGUUAAAGCAUUUUAUAAAAUGAUGUGACUUGUUUACUGGAUAUUAAUAUAAUUUACAGGGUUAUUUACAAAAGUGAGAAUUCAAAUGCCAGAUUUAAAGGAACAUUAUAGCGCCAAAAAUACAAAUGUUUAUUCCUAACCCUAUAGUGUUCAAAACACUAUUUAGGUUGCUGGCCACCCCUUGGGCCCCCUUAAAUAGGUUAAAAACUCACCUUUAUUUAAGCAACACAAGGGGGUUCGUUGGUGCAGGCCUUGCCCCCGAUCUGCCUUCUUGACUGAGAUAAUCAGAACUGACAAUUGGCUGAGAUUGCCAAUUUAGAUGAUCUCAGCCAAGGAGGGGGGGUGAAUCCAAACACAGCGCUGGCCAAUCAGCAUCUUCUCUUAGAGAUACAUAGAAUCAAUGCACCUCUGUGUGAAAAGUUCAGUAUCCCCAUGUGAAACGUGGAGACGCUGAAUGGUAGGUGCUGCACUCUGUUCAGCACUGACCCAGGAAGCACCUCUAGUGACUGUCUGAGUGACUGCCACUGGAGGUGUCCCUAGGCAGCAAUGUAAACACUGCAUUUUUUUCUGGAAAGGCAGUGUUUACAGUAACAAUCCUGCAGGGACUGACUACACUCACCUGAACAACUACAUUAAAGGGACUCCGUAGGCACCCAGACCACUUAAGCUCUUUGUAGUGGUCUGGGUGAUGUGACCCUUUUGCACUUACUGCUGCAUUGUUAAACAUUGCAGUUCAAGAGAAACUGCAAUGUUUACAUUGCAGCACUACGUAAUCCCUCAGUGCUUCCGGAAUCGCAACAGACUUUUGGUCCGUUAUUUGACGCUGGAGGACCUCAAGCGAUCGGGAGGUCUAAUGCAUGCGGCGUUUGCCACGCAUGUGCAUUAGACCCCACUCACCGCGGGGCAGAGCUUCGACCCAGCACCGAGGGACAUUGGCACUGGGAAAGUAAAUAAAGAGUUUUUAACCCUUUAUUUACCAUGGGGGUGAGGGAGGUCGGAGGCAGAGUAAUCGCUAGUGCCAGGAAUACAGCUUUGUGUUCCUGGCACUACAGUAUCCCUUUAAGCUGUAGUUGCGCUGGUGACUAUAGUUUCCUUUAAGAUCAGAGCUUGCUAAGAGCAUUUUUCCAAUUUGGCAAUUUUGACUUUAAAUUUUAAACACACACUUUAGUGAAUAAGCCCGAUUAGACAUUUGUUUAUAACACACACUACGUAUAACAUAGAAAGCAGAACAAAUUAUGUAUGUGACAGCGUUACAGGGUUACUCUAAACACCAUAACCGUUUCAGUGUAUUGAAGUGGUCAUGGUGCCUGUAGUUUGUCUGUGCAGCUUUUUUGCUGUGAAACACAUGUGUCAAGAUUUAACCCCUCUACGGCCAGAGGUGUAACUCAUUGUGGCGUCAUUAGCCAUCCUGAAACAAAGGUUCCUGGUGGCUAAUGUGAAUCCUGUGAAAAUCACACAUCUGACGUCCUGGCGCCAGACAGCCAGUCUCCGCACAUAACCCACCGCCGUGCCACCCAUUGCCCUCCUUCUCUCACUUUUAAAAAUGUAUAAUAUUUUGUGGGGGGACCUGUAUAGGAACGGUUACUCCAACCAAAAACAGUGUUUUCCUAAAAGUACACUUUAAGUUCCUAUAAUGCUAUAUCUUGUUUUCUAAAGGGCAGGUAAGGGUGUUUCUGAUAUCCAAGAUGUGUAAACAGCACAAUAAUGGUUAUGAAUAUAAUAUAAAAAAAUGAGGUAGUUCCCCCACCCCCCCAAUAGAAUAUUGUAAAACAGAUUCACUUACCAGUCCUGAUUUUGGAAAUGCUUUGUAUGUCUCAGACUCCCAUUCAUCUUUUAGCAACGAUAGAUACAGUUGUGCCAAGGAGGACAUUAAUAUCUUGAAGCUAAAGAAUUUGGUACACUGGGAAAUAUUGUUUUAUGGUUUAAUAGUAAUAAUUUUAAAUCCCAAACCACAAAAAGUGUAUAUACUACAAAACCAUAUAGUUCUAGAAAGUAGACACCCCAUAAUAUUUUACUAGAAGCAUUUGAAUUAUUUUCACGUGAAUUUUAUCACUAAACUCUGCCAAAAUGUAUUGAGCCAGGUUUGUGGGGAAUCCUAGUUAAAUUAUACACAUGCACUCUAUUUAGUAGCCUUUUUUUUGGGGUUGGAAUAGCAAACCCCAAACUCCAAUUACCCUAUUAUGAAAAACAUUCUCUAAUUUUGAAUUGACACUUAGGUAUUUUCCCAUUGACGCUAUCUGAUGAAGACACUUUAUCUGUGUCACUAUACUGACCAUUGCCAAACUUUGACCUAAAUUACAUCAUUUCAUUGUCAACACAGUGUUAUUUGGCUUCUAAAUUUAUUUAUUUUUUCUGCUGUUGAAGGCAACAAAAGUUUAGGGCUUUUCAGUUCUUCUUUAAACCCACCCAGGCUUUACCAGUGUACAGUGGUUUGCGUUGUGCCACGAGCACGUUGAUUUUAGGGCUGUAAUAUGCUGGUCUUAAAAAUGUCCUUUGUAGCAGUUAUAUUAAAGUAGCCAGUUUGGCUACAAGUAUGUGCAUAUCCCUCUGGUAAGGCUUCAGGUAACAUGUGACAUUUAUAAUCUAAUGAAAAUAAAAAGGAAAUGGCCAUGCGAGAAAAUUGUUCGUAUUUUUAAAUGUGCUGAUUUUUUAUUGUUUUCACGUUUGGUAUUACCACACACAGCAUGAUAUUACUGAGUGUGGCUAAUGAUUCUCUUAGAGAAACGUCGUAUUCAGUGCUUCGUCAUGAGAAGCACAGGAUUGGUGGCGCGUGACAACUGCCUCCCCUGCGCCAUGUGUCUGCCAUGCAUUUAGAUGAAUCACAGUUCAGCGGGCUUAAUUUUCUCACCGCGGGUUGAUUGGACAUCUGGAACCUGGAUUCUACUUUUUUUUUUUUUUUUCUCCUUUCCAUAAGAUGGGAGGUCUGAGUGACUGCCACUAGAUAUAUUACUAAGCAGCAAUGUAAUGUGUUUACAUUGAAAAGCCUGCUGGGACAUACUAUACAUACCAGAACCACUUUAUUAAGCUGUGGUGGUUCUGGUGACUAUAGCAUCAAUUUAAGAAUUGCAUUUUUUAUAGCUGAAAAUAAAGCUUAGUUUGUUCAAAUCAAUGCUGGCUCCUAUAGAAAAUGUGUCAAGCCCUGUUUUAUAGUAUCUGUUAAGGCAGGCGUAGGCAACCUUCGGCAUUCCAGAUAAUGUGGACUACAUCCUCCCUGAGGCUUUGCCAGCAUUAUAGCUGUAAUAGCUUUCUAUGAAAUGUAGUCCACAACAUCUGGAGUACUGAAGGUUGCUUAGCCCUGUGUUAAGGUAAUGUUCACUUCCUGUGCAGCGUUGUCACUGAAGGAUUGUGGGUGUUACAGUAAGUGACUGAAGGGGUUUUCACGCAUUCAGCAACCCUCUCUGCUCAGUCCAUUCUACCUACACAAUACUACUGGCCCUGCUUGAGGAUACAUCUUCUCUUGAGCAGGGCAGUGCUCCUGAUGAUGACGUCAAUGCCACUGCAAUGCUCUAUAGUUGCUCCUUGUAGGAUGGUUCUCCUGCUCUCUCUCCUGUCAAUCAACUCUAUUAUGACUCUAUGACAGAAACAUUUAUUGACAGAUGAGUAGGGACUAAAACUUGAUUUAGGUUUUAAAGAAAUGUUGCAUGUUUGUUAGGAAUUAUGAGUGCACAAUAUAGAGAUAACGUUUUAUUUGCAAUAAGUGUGUACCAGACACUUUUGGUGCUGAUCUCUGCCACCUUUCUCAGUAAAUUGCUCCUGUUAUGGCAAACAUGACUUGGUCAAGCAAUCAUUUACCCGUGUCUUCUCUAGAGAUUAUCUAGACAUUGUGAAGGAAAGUGCCCAUGUAUAGUCCAAAAGCCAUUUACAUUUUUAUUAUGGGAACGAUGUUCUGUACAUUAUUUGGAAAUUCAAACGACGUCUGAUCAUUCUCCACGUCCAUUGACAGCUGCCAUGAUGGAGGAAGAGAUCUUCGGGUAGUUCUAUCAUUUUAUCGAUUUGCUGACAAUAUCACUAGCACAAUGUAUAGAUUCAAUCUUUACCCACCUCGAGGUAAACUUGCAAUUCACACAUUCCGUGGGUGACAGGUUUCCGUUAAACAUGUUUUGUUGUCUUUACUGUUAUCCUUACCUCCCACAAAUGAAAUGUAGUUUUUCCUCUUCUGCCUACCAGCUCCAAUUCAACCUGAAUUAAUGUAAAAUACAUAUACAUUUUUUAAUGCUUGUUUGUGUAUCAAAUAGGAUUGAAAAAACAACAAGCACAAAUCACUUGUAAGCUUCCUGAAUAAGUAAUGUAAAACCAAGAUAGUAUGCCUUGACAUAUUACAAGUUUACUAAUCUGUUCUCAAACAAGAAAAAUAAUUAAAAAAUCUGCCCUAAUGGCACUUGGGAACCGGUUUCUGAAAGUCAGUUCUGUUUUAAUAGUUUGCCUCAAACAUUGCUGUGAGUGUGUAUCUUACAUUUUCUGUUUCUACAAAGCGUGCAGGAUUUCAUGUACCCACCUGUGCUUUCACAACCACACGAUCAAAGCCAUGUCUUCCAUAUGUGAAAUCGGGGCGGAUCUUUUUAUAUUUCUUUAUGUUUGUAUAGACUGCUACAAAGACAUCUCUCCUGCACUUUCACAUUGUUUGAGUCUUUGUGUCAUGUGAGAUGUCCCCAGAGAUAUUUUCCUUCUUCUUUAACCCCUUGGUCAAUCUUCCAGCGCUUUAUCAUAAUUCCUGUCUGGUUUUCUUUAUUUAUUUUAGAUUUUAUUAUUUUAAUGGAGCUACAACAUUGAAAUGCAGAGAAGAAUUGCCCCCCUCCCUCCCAUUCUUCACAUAGGGAUGGUCAAUGGGGCCAAGUAAAUUAAUAGACCUGGGGCCUCUCUCUGACACCUGAGCCCUAGGCAGUUGCCUAUGGUCGCUUUAAGGUUAAUCCUGCUGGGUUUAAAUAUAUAAUGGAGUCUUCAUGUCAAUAAAAUCAAUACAAGUGCCAUUUUUGGCGGUCUGUUGAUUAAAAAACAGAUUUAAAUAACCCAGUGCAAUACAUGGCCGUCCGGACUUUGAAAUCCAGAUAUUUGUUCUAAUAAUGUAUCAAUGUCCAGGUAUUGAAACGUAGCCUGCAAGUUUGAGUGAAUGUAGGGAGAAUUUUCGCCUGUCAGUAUGCAACCGAAUGGCUGAUAUUGUGAACAAAACUAAGCUCACAAAGUUAUUACUGAUAUUAACAUAGAAACAUAGAAAGUGACGGCAGAUAAGAACCAUUCGGCCCAUCUAGUCUGCCAAAUUUUCUAAAUACUUUCAUUAGUCCCUAGUCUUAUCUUAUAGUUAGGAUAGCCUUAUGCCUAUCCCACACAUGCUUAAACUCCUUUACUGUGUUAACCUCUACCACUUCAGCUGGAAGGCUAUUCCAUGCAUCCACUACCCUCUCAGUAAAGUAAUAGAUGCAUAUAUAUAUAUAUGAUUAAAGAAUAUAGUAGGUCACCUUAGGGGGGGGGAAACCUAUGAAGAUUCUAUUUAAUAUGUAUUUCUGCUUAUUUUAAAGCUAUUAGUGAAAUCACCCUUUUGAAACACCAUCAUUUCUGCAUUGCAUCUAGGAAAAACUAAAAGGAUACUACAGUCAUAAAAACCACUUCAGCUUAAAGGACCACUAUAUUGCCAGGAAAACAAACUCGUUUUCCUGGCACUAUAGGGUUUUUGGGUACCCCCACCCUCAGGGUUCCCCUCCCGCCCGGGCUGAAGGGGGAGGAAGGGGUUAAACACUUACCUUUCUCCAGCACCAGGCUCUCUCGGCGCUGAGGACUCUCCUCCCUCCUCCGACAUCAUUCGCUGAAUGCGCAUGCGCGGCAAGAGCCGCAUGCGCAUUCAAUCAGUCCAUUGGAAAGCAUUACUCAAUGCUUUCCUAUGGACAGCAGUGUCUUCUCACUGUGAAAAUCACUAUGUUUACAGCUGCAGGGUUAACCCUAGAUGGACCUGGAACCCAGACCACUUUAUUGAGCCGGCUGGGGAGACCUAAUGCGCAUGCGCGGCAUUGCUAGACAGCCGCUAGAGGCACUUCUGCGCUUCUCACUGUGAAAAUCACAGUGAGAAGACACUGACGUCCAUACGAAAGCAUUGAGAAAUGCUUUCCUAUGGAUUGAUUGAAUGCGCGCGCGGCUCUUGCCGCGCAUGUGCAUUCAGCGCUGAAGUCAGAAGAGGGAGGAGAGUCACCAGCGCCGAUGAAGCCCGGUGCUGUAGAAAGGUAAGUUAUUAACCCCUUCAGCCCGGCGGGAGUGGGACCCUGAGGGUGGGGGGAUCUAUUAACACUAUAGUGCCAGGAAAACAAGUUUGUUUUCCUGGCACUAUAGUGGUCCUUUAACCUCUACCACUUCAGCUGGAAGACUAUUCCAUGCAUCCACUAACUUCUCAGUAAAGUAAUACUUCCUGAUAUUAUUUUUAAACCUUUGUCCCUCUAAUUUAAGACUAUGCCCUCUUGUUGUGGUAGUUUUUCUUCUUUUAAAUAUAGUCUCCUCCUUUACAGUGUGUAUUUCCUUUAUGUAUUUAAAUGUUUCUAUCAUAUCCCCCCUAUCUCGUCUUUCCUCCAAGCUAUACAUGUUAAGAUCCUUUAACCUUUCCUGGUAAGUUUUAUCCUGCAAUCCAUGAACCAGUUUAGCAGCCCUUCUCUGAACCCUCUCUAAGGUAUCAAUAUCCUUCUGGAGAUACGGUCUCCAGUACUGUGUACAAUACUCCAAGUGAGGUCUCAACAGUGUUCUGUACAAUGGCAUGAGCACUUCCCUCUUUCUACUGCUAAUACCUCUCCCUAUACAACCAAGCAUUCUGCUAGCAUUUCCUGCUGCUCUAUUACAUUGUCUGCCUACCUUUAAGUCAUCAGAAAUAAUCACCCCUAAAUCCCUUUCCUCACAUCUUGAGGUUAGAACUCUAUCAAAUAUUCUGUACUCUGCCCUUGGGUUUUUAUGUCCAAGAUGCAUUAUCUUGCACUUAUCCACAUUAAAUGUCAGCUGCCACAACUCUGCCUUUUUUUCUAGUUUACCCACAUCAUCACAGAGGAGGCUUGGCCUUCUCCAUUGAUGUCAAAUCCAAUACUCCUCAUAGACAAGCAUUGAGGACCUAGUGCGCGUGUGUGGCGAGUGCUGCAUGUACAUUGACACUUGAAUCAAUGUGAUGGGGCAGGGUUAAGAGAACAUGACCACUUCAUUACGAUGAAGUGGUCUGGGUGACUAUAGUGUCCCUUUAAUUUCUAAAUGACAGGGAAUUAAGCAGUUAGACCACAGCAACCUGAGCUAUGCACCCAAACUACUGUAUUUAAACUAAAGUUGUUUUGGUGCUUAUAGUGUUUAAAGGACCACUAUAGUGCCAGGAAAACAUACUUGUUUUCCUGGCACUAUAGUGUCCUGAGUGUGCCCCCACCCUCAGGGUCCCCCUCCCGCCCAGCUCUGGAAGGGGGAAAGGGGUAAAAACGUACCUUUUUCCAGCGCUGGGCGGGGAGCUCUCCUCCUAUCAAUGCUUUCCUAUGGACGCUGGCGUGCUCUCACUGUGAAAAUCACAGUGAGAAUCACGCAAGCGCCUCUAGCAGCUGUCAAUGAGACAGCCACUAGAGGCUUUGGGGGAAGGCUUAACCCAUUGAUAAACAUAGCAGUUUCUCUGAAACUGCUAUGUUUAUAAAAAAAAAAUGGGUUAACCCUAGCUGGACCUGGCACCCACACCACUUAAUUAAGCUGAAGUGGUCUGGGUGCCUAGAGUGGUCCUUUAAGUGGAAAGUUCACAAGAUGUUCACCAGUCUCCUUCAUGCUGGAGGCAGCAACACAAUAAUGAGAUGGAUACUUUCUUGUAAGGAAAAGCUGUGUACAUGUGUGAUGACCUGAACCUUCCUUGCCAAUGAAAGUCUCCAGCAGUGUAAAGUUUAACCCUUUCCACUCGGAUAAAAUUUCAGUGUCGUUCACCAAAUUUAUUCAUAGAAAUCACUUCGUGGGUGCGUUUUUUUUAUUUCCCAAGCCGCCUUUAUCCGAUAACAUUAUGUACCUCUGGGUGAGCCAUACGGUCGUCAAACUUGUAUGCUAUUCAUAUAUCCCACCACGUGGGAAAUACGAUCGGAAUGAGAAAAUUAAAAUGUCCCACCCUGUGAUAUAAUCUAAAAUACACAUAUUAAUCUAUACUUCACGUUUUAUAUAUAUAUUUUUUCUAUUUUAGAUCUGUUUGGCUGAUUACAGACUGAAAUAUUUCUUAUUGUGACUUUAUUGCGAGGUGUUCCUGUACAAUCACUUUGACUUACAAUGUGUAAAUUUAGCCAUAAUUUGUUCGACAACAUUCUUGGAGAAAAACAAGGCAUGUUAUGCUUCCUGUUACGAGCCCAGGGUUUACAGUAAUUGCUGUUGAGUACUUUGUGCACAGUGACAGGCACACGAUGUUGUGAGUCAUGUUUAUGUUUGAUACAAAAGAUUAUUUCUCACUUAUAGCCAGUGGACUGUACAGAUCAGUGAAAACAGAUCAGAGGUCCUGUUUUGCAUACCUCUCCCAUAUGUUUUAACUCAAAGUAAAAGAUGUAAGAUUGAGCCCAGGUCAGGUUGCUAUUAGGGUUAAAGCGACACUAUAGUCACCAGAACAACUACAACUUAAUUUAGUUGUUCUGGUGAGUAGAAUCAUUCCCUGAAGCCAUAUUCAUGCAAACACUGCCUUUACAGUGUGUCACGACAAGUGACCCCAACACAGAGAUAUAUCUAUCGCGAGACAAAUAAGGCAUUUGCCUUGGGCGGCAAUUUCCAGGGGGGGGAGGGGGGUUGGCCACCUUUGGGCUCCCCUGGGGUAGGCGGCCAGUUGUUUAGCGGGCGGCGAGGGGACACUUUUCCCUGAGCUCUCUCUCUGCUCAGGUCCCUUGCGCGACUUGCACUGAUGUGUGCUGGAAUAUGACGUCAGUCUGGCUUCCAGCAUCAUUCUGCGGCGGGCAAGGAAACUGAGCAGAGAGAUCACAGCUCCCUCGCUGAAAACGUAGAGCGCUCGUCCGCCUGCACGUCAGGCCGCCUUCCUGCUCAGCAGCCCCACUGCACUAGGGUAGCACCAUUUCAAAAUACACCACAGCUCCAAAACGCAGAAUAGUCUAGGUAUGGCCAACGUCAAGGAAAACCAGAGAUCAGGAUAAUGAAAAGGAGUAGCCGAGUCAGGAAACCAGAAAACAGGAAAAACGAGCCGAGUCAGGAUACUAGAAAGCAGAAUGGUCAGUAUAACACAAACUAAGUCAAAUACCAGAACACACCGACCAAAAUCAGUAUAGCACUAGAGGGAACAACCAGUUUUGUGGUUUUUGUGGGUUUUUUUUCAUUUACCCUUUUGUUAAAUGAAAAUCUCCAAAACGUCAGGGAGCGUAGGAAAUGCGCCGCGUCAUAUAAGGGGGCGUGCGUGGAGCAUCCGGCAUCAGACAUUCGGUCGCAGGGAGGAGUUGGCAGUUGGAGCUUCAACUCUCAGGUCAGCGUGAUUAAGGUAAUUUAUCAUGACACAGUGUUUACAUUGCCCCCUAGGGAUACCUCCACUGGCCAUUCCUCCGAUGGCUGCUAGAGGUGCCUCCUGGGGCAGUGCUGCACAGUGUCUCCACGCUCUGCAUGGAUACGCUGAAUUUUUCUCAUAGAAAUGCAUUGAUUCAAUGCGUCACUGAGGAGCUGCUGAUUGACCAAACCGGUGUUUGGGCCCACCCCUGUCCCACCACCUUGCCAAUUUCAGCCAAUCAGCUUUCCCUAUAAAAUUAAAACCUUUUUAAAGGGGUUGAGGAGGGGCAAGCCACAUAAAUGAUGGUUUUAACACCAUUGGGUCAGGAAUACAUGUUUGUGUAUUUAAUGCAGUGACACAUUAAGAUGAGCAUACAAAUGGCUUUAUUAUAAUAUUUUGUAAUAAUUAUAAAGUGUUCUCGCCUAUCAAUAUAAAACAAUACAUGUUUUAUAUACAGUAACCCAUUCCCUAUCCGAUGUAGGGAAUUUCUGUUAUCUCCAGUGUAAAAAUGAACUUGAAGUUUGAUAAUACAGUGAGUAAGGUAAUUAGCUGCAACAUUCGGCCAAACAUACCUGGAUUGCAGGUGUCAUGAAAAGAAAACCACAGUUUGCUGUGGUCACUUGUGGUUUUGGUUUGAUAAACAGCUUACAUGACAAAGUGGCAGAAAAUAUUAACCCCUAAUGAAUCUGGCGCUCAAAAGGGGAUCAAAAGAGGGGUACCAAUUUUGCACCAGUGGAUCUACUGCCAAUUACAUGUUCCCUUUUUCUAUCCAUUUUCUUUUCGUCUGGACAUACUUGUGCACAUGCGGUGUAACUUCACCAUUCUAUAUCUGCAGAGAUAAUGACAAAUUUAGAGGGCCUGGAAUUAGAGAAAUGAAACAGCAUUUUUUUUUAUUUUCCUCUUGAAACCUCAACUUUGUUGCAUUUCUUGUAGUUUCCUAAACACAUGAACUAUUUUACAGAUCUGGUGCUGUAUAAAGGUUAUAUACUGUACGAGGACCUUUGUCGUAGAUGCACAAACAUCCACAAUACAAACAACACAUUCUCUGUCCUGAUAGCAUUUUCUAAGUUUCCACAAAAAGCCCCAAUAUUGAAUGGAUGUUCUAUAGGUUGACUUACUGUAUACGUAUGUUACUCAGGAGUCGAUUGACACACAAAUUGAUAUGGUCUUUGGAGUCUUUACUAUUCAAUUAUCCUUGAUGGGAUUGAUCCAGGAUAAUUUAUUUUGUUUUAUCCUUCUUUCACUUGAUUGAAAGAAGAUUGACGGAGCCACGUUGAGGGUGACCCCUGCCAGAAGACUAUAAAAAAGGAGCAAGCCUCACUCCAAUGCACACCCAAUAUUGGUUAUCAAACAGGAACCAGCCAGCACCUCACCUACCUCCCUACAGUUAGACCCGACAACCAUCAUGACCUGGCGACACCCUCCAUUCAAAAUCAUUGGCGUUGUAAGCGCCCCCACCUGGGAGCCUUUUCUUCUCAAAAGGUGCUGGUGUCGACCUAACGCACCACUUUUAAUCCAAUGUUAUCAAUGCAAAAAGUCAACUUGUUCUUCUCUGUCUCUUUACAGACAACUGCUAUGCCAACUGUACUACGCUUGCUGUAUGUAUUUAUGUCCCUUUAGUUUGUUUAAUGUUCUUGAAAACGAUCUUUAUAAAUGCUACAUAAAAUAUCAAAAUAAAGAAAUUUGAAGAAGAAAAAAAAGGAGCCAGCCCUAUAAAAUGACAGAGCAACUCAUGUCGAAACAAAGGUCCCCACACUGCCUUCUUGGAAUAAGAUUCCAAAGCACUGCUCGCCAGCCUGUAAUCUCAUCCAGCGCAUGUUAGUAGGUGGGAAAUUCAGCAAUGCUCAGCAUGAUGUAGCCGCUGGACUAAUAAAGAAGCUGUUAGAUACUCAAAUAAAGCCCUGGAUGGUAUCAUGAUAUUCUAGACUGCAGUCAGUUAUGGGUAGAUUCUGGAGACCACCACUCAUUGUAUCUGAGAUCCUGCAGCCACAAUCCUUUUUGGUUCAUCUUCCAGCCCAACCAUCCAGUGUCCUCCCAUUGCUCAGGGUUUUCAUUUCCUGUAUGUGACUUUUGGCAAGUUACUGUCCUUUCCAUAAAGAAGGGGACACCUGGCGUGAAAAGUGUGCGCACCUUGGUUAUUGUAAUCCUGUGUUUGUAGUAGUAAAAAAAAAUAAUCUUAUAAACUUUAACAGAGUUAUAGCCUAGCAGAGUACAGCAUGAUAAACCUCAUCAAAUUAGUAAUGCGUGUUGUGUUAUUUUCAGAAGUAAAUGCCAAAAGUCCCUUUUACUACUCUAUAUCAGUUAUUUACAAAACCACGACCUUUGGGAAAUUACCAAGGAAUGUUAAGGAUAAAAUAUCUGCACAUAGAUGAAUUGGAGUUUUUUUUUUUUUUUCUAGUUGGGUUAUUUUAGUCUUAAAAAUCCCCCACGAUUAAAUAACCUUAUAUGUGUUCUCAUUGAUAAUGAGUAAUUGGUAAUCUUCUCAGCAUGAAACUGUACCCACAAUAUUCAUAUACUGAAAUUACAAUUAUUUAAAUAGCCCCAACGUAUUCCGCAGUGCUGUACAAUAGGUUAAAGACAAACAAUUAAUUCUAAUUGGGCUGUCGCUGAAAAGCCAUUCUAUACGUUACACAAAGUGAACCAUUAUCCAAAGCACUGUUUGUUUUUAUCUUGUAAUUUGGUGGGUGAUGUUCUAACGUUCUUGUCUAUGCUCAUGUGAAUUUGGGCUGUGUUUCCUGUCAUAAUGAAAGAGGAAGUUGUGCUGUAAAUGAUAUACCCGUGACACUUGCAGUUAUGACGACGUUGCAACUUUCCUUACUCUCGGUUUGAAAGAACCUGCACAAAGCUACAGUUUGUGUCCCUUCUUGACGUGGUUCUGUGCCGGGUAGAGCUAUAGAUUGUAUUGAAUGUUCCAGGAAUUCUUGAUUCAAAAAAUGUCCGUUCCCCCUUCCAGUGUUGUGCAAGCAGUUUCCUUAUAGCCAUGAGCACUUAUCAGAUUGCAAGCCUGUGUGUUGGUGGCCGUCCCAUCGUGUUAGCAGAUCUCUAAUAGAGACUUUAAAGGUGUAAACUAGCAACCAGGAUUAAAAAUAACCUUGCACCAUAAACAUGCAAGCAUAGCUCCUGAAUGAAACUAGUUAUAAGUGCAGAACUAAUCUCCAUCACUUCAAGGUCCCAGCAUAACCUUCAUCUGUGCCACCAACAAUGGCAAUGAAAAUUAUUUUUAAACUGUCACCCCCCUGAAAAUUUCGUAUUUCAUAAUGAAAUACUCAUUAUGUCAGUGUUGGAAUUUCACUGAAGUAGGGACUACUUUGUCUGUGUAUUUCUCCUCCACCUGACUUUCUUAGACUCGGGGCAGAUUCUAAGUGUUAAUCCCGACACCAGUGUCGGCUUCAGGGAGUUGGCUGUGUCUAUGGAGGGUCUCAGGGGAUGCAUGUGCGACAGUACAGCAGUGAUGCUCCUGUUGCUUCAGCACCAGGGCCAGAUUAAGAGCCCAGUGGGCCUGGUGCCGACAAUUAUGAUGGGGCCUAAUUACAGAAUCUUAUCGACCAAAAACAGUCAUACCUCCCAAGCGUCAUGUAUCUAAUGGACAUGGUGUUGGAGGAAAACUCAAAGGAUACUCUAUGCUAAUCUCGUUAUCUAAUUUAUGCUUUCAUCUUUCAAGUAAAUCCAUACCUCCUUACAGCAGUGUCCAGUGAAGCAGGAAGUCAAUGGGUGGGGUAAAAGGGUGGGCCACUGACACUAAUCAGACCAGAACUGCCAAAAGGGGCGAACAUGCCCAAAAUGGGGGCAUGUCUGUCCAAAGAAUUGGAAGGCCAGCCUGGCAUCAGUGUCCCUAUGUAUCACAGUGUCAGUGUCCCCGUUUCACCCAGUCCCUAGUCUCCCAGUGUCUGUGUCCUCAUUUCUCCCUGAGUCCCCAUGUCUCAGUGUUUGCAGUGUCACUAGGAUACUAGGGGGCACUGCUACACCAGGGGGACACUGAUACACUUGAGGACACUGGGAGACAUGGGGGCACUUGUGGAUACAGACAUGGAGACACUGUGAGACAUGGGGACACAGACACUAGGGACACAGAGACAUGGGGACACAGACACUGGGAGACAUGGGGACACUGAGACACUAGGGAAACUGGCUGUGAGGCAUGGGGACACUGAGACACUAGGGACACUGGCUGGGAGAAAUGUGGACACCGAGACACUAGGGACACUGGCUGGGAGACAUGUGGGCACUGGGAGACAGAUAUUUGGGGACACUGGGAGACAUGGGGACACUGAGACACUAGGGACACUGAGAGACAUGGAGACACAGACACUGGGAGUCUAGGGGACACUGGGAGCAAUGGGGACACUGGGGACACUGGCUGGGAGACAUGGAGACACUGUGUCUCACAGAAUCCCCAUGUUUCUCAGCGUCCCCUAGUGUCUGUGUCCCCAUGUUUCCCUGCUGCCUUUCCCCCCCAUCCCUCACUUCCCUGAGCUGUAGUCUGUCUCUGCAGACUGGGAGCUGCUGUCUGAACUCUCUGUGCUGUGUAGCUGCUCUCCCCUGGAUCAGUGAGUAGAGAGAAGCAGGAAGGGAUAUGCUCUAACUUCCUAUCCCUGCCUCUCUCCACACACAGUGACCCCUACUGGCCGGUGCUGGUAUUGCAGAGUAAUCUCCGUUUAUACUGAGAAAAAUAUCUGCAUUUGUAUUGCCGGUAUUACUGCAAUGCCGGCACGGCUAGGCACCCACAAAUACCGGCUGUGCUGGUAAAAUACCAGUCAGGUGGCAAACCCAAGAGUAGUGUGUAAAAAAAAAAUGUAAAAAAAAUUUUGUAUUUUUUUUUUUUUUUAAAUGGGCCUAUUCCAUGGGCCUGGGCCUGGGCCUGGAGCUGCAGCUCCAUCAGCCCCUAUGUUAAUCUGGCCCUGUUCAGCACCAUAAGUUGAAUAGGAGCAAUGCAAGGAAGAUGGCAGCGAUUGAGAAAGGGACAGGUUCAGGUAACCUUACUCUUACUCUUUUCGUGCAAAGCCUCUUUCUUUAGUUUCCAUAUCACAGGUUGUUUUGUCAACACCAUAAGCGAUCACACUCAUUCCCACAGUAAUUAUUUUAUUUUGAUUUUGAAAUCCACCACUUCAGUAUCUGCAACCACAAAAUCAUUCCCCUUCCUCUUUGCUGGAGGGUGUAAUACUUGUUGAUUAGCAGAUAAUACUUGGUACCAAAACCACAACCUUACAGAUAUUUCACACAAACAAAAGACAGUGUGUGUUCAAUAUUGUAACUAUUGUACUGGCUGAUAAAUGCAAGUACAUAAUCUCUGUAGAAUGGUGAUCUAAGAUUUUAUUCUUUGAUGAGAAUUUGAUUAAUAUCCAAAUCAUCCACCUUGGUCUUCUUCCAGUACAAAAUUGGUAUAAUUAAUAACACACAACGUGGAAAUAGUCUCUUUACAGAGCAGCUCUCUCACACAAUGCUAGGAACUAAGGCUGGGGUAAAGUGUCAUGUGAUCUUGUGUUUAAAGGUACAUGGAUGAAUUACAGAUAAUUUCAGGGCAUAUGCAAUCACCUUAUCAGUACUCAGAAUUUGGGCAGCUCUGAUUGGCUACCACGCUGGGGAGCAUGUCAUCUUACGUUUAGUGUGGUGACCUGUACCUUUUAUGGUCAGGCACAGGGCUCGUAAAGCAAAUUACGUCAUUGUCUCUCGAACCCAUCCUCCUCCUUCCACAAUCACAGUCCUAAUAAACCUAUCCAGUAACAGAUUGCAUUUCGGGGGUAAAAAAAUAUUUAUUUAUGUUAUCUGUACAUCUAAGUUUAUUUUAUUAGCAGGAAAUUCUCAUAUCAUGCGUAUUUUUUGUUUAUUUCCAGCGUUGUAGUCCUUUUAAAUAAACGAUGAUUAAAAAGGUGGAAUUGAGAGUUAGUUUGCGUUUAUGUAUCAUAUACAUGAACUGUUUAAAUGGAGCGUUUAUACGGAGUACUUUUCAUUUCACAUGGCAUAUUGACUCCGACAAUGUGAAAGACAUAACAUGACAAAAAAGUAUUUGUGUAAAAGUUUAAAUUGAUUCUACUGAUGUCUGCCAUCCUUAUGUAACUCUUAAACAGCCUUAGAUCGUGACAUUGAAAAUUAAGUCUUGCCUGGGCAUGGUUUCAAAGCAAUUAAAAAGAACAUUCUUUUUGGAGAUAUAAAACAUUGUCUAUCAGCCAUCCAAGGACAGAAAUGCUAAACGUAAUUAUUCUGUUGAGAAUCUCACGUGAGGCCAUUUAAAACCAUGUUUACAUGUUUAAGGAACAUGUCCUAUCAUAAGUGGUGGUUUUGGUUAAACUGUUAUCUCCUGCAGUGGCCAGUUCAUCCUUUUGGAAGUGUGGAAGCUUGUUAAUCUGGAUUUUUUGAACCAUAAGGUCUGUUCUGUUUAUUGAGGGGUGCUGACAUUGUAGCUGAUGGAUAAUAAAGACUUUGUUUAGAAUUUGGUUUGGAAGACGAUUGUUAAUCCAAUCUUCUUCUUGAAACUGAAUCCCGAACCUGUCAGUGUUGUCCAGGAGAAAAGAAUCUCACUGACUCCACCCUUGGUUUAUCAUCAUCCUGAAGCGUAUUCAUAUUCAGGUCUAAAAUCUGAUACUACUUCUAUUUUUCCUGGAUAAGCGCAAGAUGAUCUAAAACCAUCAUGAUCAAUACUUGUUGCUAAAAUAACUUUGAUCAGAGUGGGAAGGUAUAUGAUUUGCUACAUACAAAUAGGUAGGGGAACAUAGAAAAAUAUAUCUGGAUGAUAUCUCCUAUCAUCUAGAAGGAUUUGGUUGGGAUAUAAUCCCAGGGGCUACCUCAGCAUAUUACAAAGUAUAUUUAAGCCAAACAUGACUUAAUAUCUGAGAUUAGUAGAAGACAUUUGCAGUUGUCUCUGCUAAUUCAGUCCCACACCCCUUACUGAUAUACCAGGAGAGGCGAUGACUAUGGAGACAAGCAGUGCAGGGUUGUCUCCCCAGCUCAAGUCCUGUUGGACUUGAUGGCAAAGUAAAAUGGACUGAAUUAAGGAAAAUAACUCACACCAAACUCAGAAUGGAAGAUUGUAUCCAAGAUUAAUGGAACCCUAGAUUUUAUUAUAAAAAAAAAAUACACAACACCGAAGCAUGUAUCUGGGUAUAUAAUAUUAUCUCAUGGUUUAAGGCUGUGGAGACAUUUCCAUAAUACAUGCUGCAAUAUUAUGUAUUAGAAGAAACAAAUAGUGCAUCAGUCUCGCUCUUUGAUAUGACCUUCGAGUAAAGGGGGUGCUUUUCUGGUUUUGGCAAGGCUAGAAGAAUUGUGCUUCUAGAACCUCCUGCUGAUAAAACCUGUGAGGCUGAACGUGUUGCGCUGUGGAAGAUUUACCCAUUAAAACUGGUAACUGAUUUUUGAUGGGUUUUGGCAUCUUUUUUAAAGAGCAAAACAACAAAUUUUUGUACUUGCUACAAGUGCUAAUGAUUUAUGCAAAGCAAACUCUGAAGGCAGGUGUCCAAACAUAUUUUGCACAUAUAGCCAUGCAUUUGACUUUAUUUGUAUAUUCCUGGUACCCUCACUAUUCUAAACAUUAGUAGUUACGUGAAUUCCAAAAUUAAAAAUAAUAGCUUCCUGAGUCACUCCCAAUUAGGAUAAAUGAUAAAAUGAGCUUCUGCCGUGGACUUGACAGUUGGCAAAAACAGAAGGCGUUUUUCAUAUUUUGACCUUCACAGUGGGCGCUACUGCAUCUGUCGCAUUACGGUUAGUGUCCUCGUGUGAAUGAUGGCUAACUUAAGCAAAAUCUGUCAUUUUCACCUGUUAUUUCAUUCAUGUUCUUUUUAUUUAUUUAUUUUUACUUUUUUUUUUUUUGCACUUUAAACUAGAAAUAAAAUGUGAAUAUUUCUUUCCUGAACUUGCACAGCCUGUCACAGCACGCCAAGGAAGGUUUUUAUUUAGCCAUAGCCUUGCGUGCGGCUCAGAAUUCUCUUUAUAGAUGCGAUCUGAUAUUUGUUCUUCGUCGAUUCAGUCACUUUCUAUAAAUAAUGUUUUGUAGGAGAUAUAAAACCAGGCCAAACAAAGAAUAAAGCAUGCCAACCAGCCCCCGACGUACAUGGUCUGUUUAAUACAAUGCCAGAUAACGUUGUUUGUUGGGAAUCUGUAAAUCUUUCAUAUCGAAAUAAUAAUUAACCAUACUUCAGGUGCUGUAGAACAGCAAGGAUUCAUAUUACAGGCUCUGCUUGUGGCUUGUGUUUACACACGGCACUUCAUUUGCCAAAUCACUCUGCCACGCCAUCGAACUGGAUGAUAAAUGCUAAAACUAGCAAGGUGAAAGGGUUCUCUACAGUUUGACCAUAACAGGUAGGGGAACCUGUGCUUAACAGCUGGUUUACUAUGACUAACAACAACUGUAGCCAAUCUGAUAGUCCGGACGUAGCAACAUUUGUACUGCCAGCUAAUAGUCCAAAACUCCCACUAACCUCAACCAACCUAAAGAUUAAUGCUGGGUAAUGUGGCUUCUUUUUAUUUUCACAAAUCUCAGUCAUGUCCAAACGUGGGGCAGUGCUGGCUAGCUCUGGCAAACCUGAUGUAUGUGAACGGCUUGCUUAGCCUUAUGGGAUAGGUAGCUCACAAAUGUACUGGGGAUCCUAGAGAUGGCUGUCGGUGCUCUAGUGGGCAAUGAUCCAACGGUUUUGUUUUAUACGGGGUUAUACUCUCCCGUGUGAAUUAUCGUGAAUUCAAAAUCUAUUUCAAACUGUAGGCCAGAAUAGCAGAAUUUGAAAAGUUAUCAACAGUCAGCUGUGUUUUCCGUUACAAAUUUUGAGAUUUUAUAUUCACAUUUCUUUCUUUCUUUUUUUUUUUUUUAUUUAGGUUGUGCAUAGUUGUGCAUUUAGGUUGUGAGUUAACAAGCAGAUGUGCACUGCCACAAUAGCUAGUGCAAUCAUAGCAAUAAACAUUAGUGAUCAACAGUGUGGCUGUAGAUACAAUGCACGUUUAUUUAUAUAUAUAUAUAUAUAUAUAUAUAUAUAUAUAUAUAUAUAUAUAUAUAUAUAUAUAUAUAUAUAUAUAUAGUUAGUAAGUUAGAAAUACAGGUCUAGACUGUGCUUAUCAUACAUUUGUACGUAAGGUUUUGCAAUCUAGACUGAUAUUAGGUUAAAGCAAAAAUGCUAAUAGUUAUACAUGCUUGAAUGUGAGCUAUACAACGUGUGGGUGCAAAUAGUGUUUAGUCGAAUAACAUCUAUUGAUGCCCCCCCUACGAUCCCCUGGAUGAUCAUAAAUGAAAUAAUAAGUUCACUAGAGCAUACAUAAAUCUUAUGAGAGUGUUCAUCUGAAGCAUAGUAAGGUGGGAGAUAUAGGGCACUUUGCCUGGUAUUAAGUCCCAGUCCUGGUUCAGCCGAUGCUGUGUGUAUUCCCUCCGCUCUGUUCGUUGCAACUUGCUCCGUCUCCAGGGUAUGGGGAAGCGUGGAGCCCCUGUGCCGCGAGGCGGUGUGCUUGUCUGAGGAUAUUUCCUUAUAUUUAUUAAAGGAUCACUAUAGUGUCAGGGAAACAAAGCGGUUUUGCUGACACUAUAGUGCCCUAAAGGGUGCCCCCACCCUCAGGAUCCCCCUCCCGUGGCGCUGAAGGGGUUCAAACCCCUUCAGCAGCUUACGUUAUUCCAGCGCCAGGCUCCCUCGCCGCUAGUGACCUCUCCUCCCCGUCCAACGUCAGCGGAGCCGAAUGCGCAUGUGCGGCAAGUGCUGGGCGCGCAUUCAAAGUGUCCAUAGGAAAGCAUUUCUCAAUGCUUUCCUAUGGACGCACUGCGCGAUGGAGGCAUAAUAUGCCUCCAGCGUCGCAGAUGCGCCUCUAAUGGCUGUCCGGAAGACAGCCACUAGAGACUGGAUUAACCCCAAAUGUAAACAUAGCAGUUUUAUUCCAGAAGUUUGGUCCUUAAGGGGGUUAAAGGAACACUAUAGGGUCAGGAACACUAACAAGUAUUUAUGCCCCUGUAGUGCAAAAUCCACCAUUUAGCACAGCCUGAGGGGAGAACAUUUGUUGUCGGGCACUAACAUGCUGGUGCUGGUGUCAGAAACUAAUUUUGCACAGAAUUGUCAUUAACCAGCCCAAAACAUUGAUCCGUGUUGCCUUACGAUGAUGUAAGUGGUGGAGGUACACCUCCAACCGCAAAGGGGUUCAUCUCUGUAUGUGCCGAAUUUCAAAGCAAAACACUGCAUAUGCAGACUCCAGACACCAUGACCUCUUCAAAUCACUGAAGUGGUUGUGGUGCUUGAAGUAACCCUUUAAUGUAGAUUAGUAACACUAUCCUCCGAAAGUAGAAAGACCUUGUUAUUUUAUAUAUGUUAUUGUGGGAUAUGGGGCAGUCCCCUUGCAAACACUGCAGUGAUAUUAUGUGAAAUAUACAGUCUAUGCCCACAUUGUUAGAGAUAUCUUUGUAUAUUGGGUGUGACCCAUUUCUGCCUUAAAUUAGAAUUCUUUAUGGCAUGAAUUUAGCAAUGUGCUGGAAUCCCGUGGUUAGUUCAAAUGUUGUUUAUUAGCUGUCAUUGUAUUCUGUAAAUAGCUAAGCAUUCGUUCACCCAGUUUUUGUUUUAUUUAAUUUUUUUUUCUUCUUCUCAGAUCGGGCCCAGUUGCCCAGAAAUAUGAUUGAAAAUAGCAUGUUCGAAGAAGAGCCUGAUGUGGUUGAUUUGGCCAAGGAACCCAGCAUAAAUCCCUUAGAAUCAGAGGAAGCUGAAUAUGAACCGAGAAGCUCGCGAUUACUGGUUCGUGGUUUGGGGGAACAUGAUUUGGAUGAAGACGAAGAGGAUUACGAAUCCUCAGCAAAACUGUUGGGCAUGUCAUUCAUGAAUAGGAGUUCAGGACUCCGAAACAAUGGUUCAAACUUCAGACAAGUUCAAGAUGGAUUAUGUCCAGUGCCUUCUGUAAGGACUGUUAUUGUGUGCGUGGUAAUCGUUAUAAUUGCAAUUGCUGUAGUUACAGUGGUUUACUUGCUACCCAAGUGUACUUUUACCAAAGAAGGCUGCCAUGCAAAAACCCAUCCAAUGGAACUUGUCUAUCCUAUCGCCACUAACGGAAAAAUGUUCCCAUGGGCGAAAAGUAGACUGCCGCAUUCUGUCCAGCCAAUACAAUACGACAUUAGUUUGCACCUAAACCUGUCAAACUUGGCAUUUACUGGCACUGUUCACAUAAAGCUAAACAUCGUUGAAAACACCAAGAAUAUUAUACUCCAUAGUUCUGGUCUUCAGAUCACAAAGACAAGCGUAACUUUAGCUGGGAAAUCGUUGGAAAAAGUUGAGGUUCUGGAAUAUCUGAAGGCUGAACAGAUCGCUAUUGUUUUGCCUGAAAUUGUUACAAAAGGGAAAGAGUGCGUUCUUGCUAUGGAAUAUAUUUCCAAUUUUUCCAAUACUUACUAUGGCCUUUACAAAGUUUCUUACAAAGAAGACAAGGACGCAAGGUAAGCCAUUUUCCAUAUUCUUGCAGUAUGUGCUCUUGGUGGUGCAUGCCUCUGCUUCUACUCUCUGUUUGUAGGAGAAUACUGUAAGCUACUGUGCAGAUCUAAGACGAGCCAUGCAGGGUCAUGCUUAUUGGUUGAGAGUGUCCACUAAAGGCUCUCGUCAAAUGAGCUCAGUCUUGUCAGCAGUGCUUUGCUCUAUAUAGACAUUGGCAUCUCCUGCAGAAGACCAGUUGCCCAGGGAACUGGGUAAGUUGUCAAACCAUAUAAAAAAAAAAUGUGUGCUGUAGUAGGUAUGGUGCUUGAAGUGUUCUUUAGGAGCAGAAAAACUACAGGCAUACCUUCUCCGUCAUUGAUUGAUUAUUCACUUUAAAGAAACACAUUAGUGUUAGGAAUGAAAAUGUGUGUUCCUAACACUAUUAUUCCUUGGUGGCCGUUUAAAAAAAAAAAAAAAAAAAAACUGUAAACAAACGGCAAAAUAAUCAAAAGAAAAUUUUAAAAAGUAUAUAAAUAAAAUCAAUAUAUAAAAAUUAAGUCUUAAAAUAGAUAUAUAUUUUUCUUAAUAUUCAAUUUUUUUUAAAAAAAAUAAACAAAUAUUAAAUCAUUUGAAAAGCUAAUUCAGAAAUAUUAAAUAAAGACCAGUGUAGUCAAAUAAUUUAUAGGCAUUCCGACAGCGUCAAUUAUAGCAUCAUGUAUAACCACCAUGUAUAUGAAUAGGUAAGACAAGAAGCAGAGCGUGUACAGGGAAGAGAUGAAUUUUUGAGGUCUGUCUGUAGAUAGAUUGGUUAUUUUAACUUUUUUUGUAGUUUAAGUUAUUUUUAUUUUUUACAUAUAUUAUUUUAAAAUACUGCUUGUUGUUAUGAUUGGCAUACAAUGUAUAAUGUAUAUGCUGCUUUUAUUCCAAAGGAUGCUAGAGAAGAUUAAGGACAUGUUUUUUUUUUUUGUUGUUUUUUUUUAGACUUAACUGAAAUUGUCAAAUGAUUAAUAAAUAUUAUUAAAAAUACUUCAUUUAAAAAAAAAAAAGAAUUCACACCACCUGUUUGCAGUACAAUAUGCAUUUCCAACUACUUUUUACUUACAAUCUGUUGCAUACAUCUUCGCAACGAUAAAGAAAAUUUGCUCCAAGUUAACCACUGCCAACCAUAACCUGCAGAUGUCUUGAUGGUUUUUUUUUUCUCUUUAUUGCUUUUAUCUUUAUUCUUCUUUUUAUUUAUUUUUUUUCCUUGUGUGUUUUACAGACUUUCUAUGUUGGUUUAUAUAUUUGCUUCUAGAUAAGAAUUAGGUACUUUUUUUAAUUUAUUUUUUUAAAUCUGUUUUUAUCAUCUGCUUUGUACUUGGUGUUUCAUAGAUGCCAAGUUAUUAAAAGGACACUGUAGGCACCCAGACCAUUUACGCUAAUUUAAGUGGUCUGGGUGCUGUGUCCACAUUGCAGCACUAAGUCUGCCUCCAAUGACUUUCUCCUAGACAGCAACUGGAGGCGCUUCCUGAAUCCUAAUGGACUAUUGGUCCGGUAACUGAUGCUGGAUAUCCUCAGGCACUGCAUGAGGACAUCCAGCAUCAGAUUUUUUCCAAUCAGAAAGCGCGCGAUGUCGGAGGAGGCAGAGCCACAACCUAGCGCCUAGGGUCAUCGGCACUGUGGUAAGGUAAGUAUAUGAAUGGUUUUUAACCUUUUAUUCACCGACUGGCGGGGUACGGGGAGGCAAAUGGAGCUAUAGUGCCAGGCAUACAGUUUUGUAUUCCUGGCACUUAUAGUAUACCUAUAACACAAGCUGUCACUGGACAUCAAGACAGUCACUAAGGUUAUUUGUUUUAAAGGUACCUGUUGAUCUCCAGUCCAAAUGCAGUAGUCAGAUUCAAUUAACAAAUUCAGUACUAAAAUAUACACUUGUAAUGGCUACACUUUAUUUUCUCCGAUGUUCUAUUAAUACAGUCUGCAGGCCUCCGGGAUUGGGAACUGAGGAAAGGGACACUAGAGUCACCAAAACAUCUUUAGCUUAAUGAAGCAGUUUUGGUGUAUAGAUCAUGCCCUGCAGUUUUCACGGUCUCUGCCAUUGAAGAGUUUAAUUACUUUGUUUAUGCAGCCCUAGUCACACCUCCCUGCAUGCAACUUACACAACCUUCCUAAACACUUCCUGUAAAGAGUGAUCUAAUGUUUACACUUCCUUUAUUGCACAUUCUGUUUAAUUUAACAUUUCUUCUCUCCUGCUCUGUUAAUAACUUACUAGACACUGCAGGAUCCUCAUGUGUGUUUACAGUUCUAUUUACAGAGCAGGAAAUAAAAACGUUUAAAGUAAGUUAACAUCUGAUUGAAAAUUAAACCAGUUUUUUUUUUUUUUUUCAUGCAGGCUGUGUGAGUCACCGACAGGGGAGGUGUGGCUAGGGCUGCAUAAACAGAAACAAAAAUGUUUUAACUCCUAAAUGGUAGUGGAUUGAGCAGUGAGACUGAAGAGGCAUGAUCUAUACAAAAAAACUGAUUCAUUAAGCUAAAGUUAUUUUGGUGACUUUAGUGUCCCCUUAAGUUGUAAUGUUGUAAACUUCAGUGGUUGUGUGUCCAUAAAGGUUAGUUAUUGUACGUCUCUGAAUAGGAGUUAGAAGGAUACAAAACACCACUAGCCCCACUCGUUUUAUCAUUUCAGUACUGGAUCAGUGCAGUAAAUGCAUUGCUGGCAGAGUGGCACAAUUCUGGCAAAGACAGCAUAAUAAAAUAUUACCUAAUGCUUUGUGAAUUGAAAUUAAGGUUAUAGAUUGUUUAAUCUUACAAAGUAAACAGGGCAGUGAUGAGCCCGAUUCUGUUAAAGUGAGUUUAUCCUUAUAGAGAGAGCUCUCUGACCAAACCAAGAACAAUAAGUUGAGGGAAGUGUAAUAAACUUGAGUAAAUUAGGGAGGGGUAGGCGUCAUCCGUUGAUAAAGGUUUGCCUUGUAAUUCUCAACCUCUAGGGAAUACAAUGAUUUUUUUGAACCCAUUGUGUUCCAAGAUUGCAAAUGCCCAAAUGGUUUUACAGUGAGUGAAAAGUGUGUGCAAUCUUACACACUCACUCACUGUAGAUUACCGUUUGUAUUUGUCUGUGUGUAUAUUGUAAUGUCUCUUCCCCAGUUGUACAUACCUACUGAAUAUGUUGGUGCUUUAUAAUUGCGAGGAAUAAUAAUAUAUAAUCACUCAAACAUUAAUGUUAACAAACUGUUUUUAAAGAGUGGUUCACAUACAGCAUUGCUGGGACCUGUUAUGUCAAUGUAUGUUUUUCUGUCCGUAGCUGGCUUGCCGCGACGCAGUUUGAACCCCUUGCAGCAAGAAAAGUGUUUCCUUGUUUUGAUGAACCAGCAUUUAAAUCUGCAUUCCAGAUCCGGAUCAGAAGAAGUGAAGAACACAUUUCUCUUUCAAACAUGCCGAAGGUAAUCCAAUAAUCUUACUCUGCUGUUUUAUCUUUGCCAGCGCUUGCGUUAUCUGGAAAUUCUUUACUCUGAGGCUGAACAGAACACUUCACAAGAACACAAACUUGACUUGGCACCUUUUUGUUAGGAAUUCUAAUUGGGCCACAUUCUAACUGAGGAUAACCAGUGCCGUGUAACAGAAGUUGUAAGGCUAUGAUGACUUUAAAGUGACUCUGUCAUAAGUUCUGGUUUCCUUGUCCCUCGUGUAAUUUAGUGAUUGUAACCACCUCCCUCCCUGCCUUGAUUUAUAAUCUUUCAUCCUUCGGAAGCAAUACCACCAUUGCAUUCCAUUGUAUUCCAUAUGGUAAUCAUGGGAGAAAAAUGCUGGUCCAGUCACCUGUUCACUCCGGCCUAUAAUUGCCAUCUAGAGUGAACAGGCGGUAUUGCAUUAUCCAUGCAGUUAAAGAGUAGGGCAAGCAGCAGGUAACUUUCAACACAUUUUCUGUGAACGUAUGUGGGGAAGUGACAGAAACUUUCAUAUAUCUUCUUAAUAAAGCUGGAGAAGUAAGAUUUUUGGAGUAAGAGACAGGAUUUGAAGAAGGAUAGCAGGUAGUCACUCACCAACUUUGGCACCCUGUCGUCAAUUUUGCCAUAGUCUUCUAUCUAGGCGCUAUAUCAUUGUCACUUGGUCUCGCUUGCAUCAUUCCCAUCUUGAUCACUCUUAAAAUGUUGCAACCCGUGACCUUGGCACCUUUAAUGCAUUUUGAGAUUACCGCUCUCUUAACGCACUGCACUUGUGCAUAUUGACGCAGUUUGGGACUAGUUGAUCUUCUGUCUUGUUAGGUCAAUCCACUUUUGUGGUUUCUUGCCCGCUUGUUUCUGAUUGUGAUUUCUGAUUUUGUGACCUGGUUUGUUAUUUGGUUCCUGAUAUCUGACCUGGUUUGUUAUUUGGUUCCUGAAAUCUGGCCUGGUUUGUUAUUUGGUUCCUGAUAUCUGACCUGGUUUGUUAUUUGGUUCCUGAUAUCUGACCUGGUUUGUUAUUUGGUUCCUGAAAUCUGGCCUGGUUUGUUAUUUGGUUCCUGAUAUCUGACCUGGUUUGUUAUUUGCUUCCUGAUAUCUGACCUGGUUUGUUAUUUGCUUCCUGAUAUCUGACCUGGUUUGUUAUUUGCUUCCUGAUAUCUGACCUGGUUUAUUUGGUUCCUGAUAUCUGACCUGGUUUAUUUGGUUCCUGAUAUCUGACCUGGUUUAUUUGGUUCCUGAUAUCUGACCUGGUUUGUUAUUUGGUUCCUGAUAUCUGACCUGGUUUGUUAUUUGGUUCCUGAUUACUGACUUGGUUUGUUAUUUGCCUCCUGAUAUCUGACCUGGUUUUGUUAUUUGCUUCCUGAUAUCUGACCUGGUUUGUUAUUUGCUUCCUGAUAUCUGACCUGGUUUUGUUAUUUGGUUCCUGAUAUCUGACCUGGUUUUGUUAUUUGGUUCCUAAUUGUGUUACCUGGUUUGUUAUUUGGUUCCUGAUAUCUGACCUGGUUUUGUUAUUUGGUUCCUGAUAUCUGACCUGGUUUGUUAUUUGGUUCCUGAUAUCUGACUUGGUUUGUUAUUUGGUUCCUGAUAUCUGACCUGGUUUUGUUAUUUGGUUCCUAAUUGUGUUACCUGGUUUGUUAUUUGGUUCCUGAUAUCUGACCUGGUUUGUUAUUUGGUUCCUGAUUUUGAUACCUGGUUUAUUUGGUUCCUGAUUUUGUUACCUGGUUUGUUAUUUGGUUCCUGAUAUCUGACCUGGUUUGUUAUUUAGUUCCUGAUAUCUGACCUGGUUUGUUAAUUGGUUCCUGAUAUCUGACCUGGUUUGUUAUUUGGUUCCUAAUUGUGUUACCUGGUUUGUUAUUUGGUUCCUGAUAUCUGACCUGGUUUGUUAUUUGGUUCCUAAUUGUGUUACCUGGUUUUUUAUUUGGUUCCUGAUUUUGAUACCUGGUUUGUUAUUUGGUUCCUGAUUUUGUUACCUGGUUUGUUAUUUGGUUCCUGAUUUCUGACCUGGUUUGUUAUUUGGUUCCUGAUUUUUGACCUGUUUUGUUAUUUGGUUCCUGAUUUUAAUACCUGGUUUGUUAUUUGGUUCCUGAUAUCUGACUUGGUUUGUUAUUUAGUUCCUGAUAUCUGACCUGGUUUGUUAUUUGGUUCCUGAUAUCUGACCUGGUUUGUUAUUUGGUUCCUGAUUUUGUUACCUGGUUUGUUAUUUGGUUCCUGAUAUCUGACCUGGUUUGUUAUUUGGUUCCUAAUUGUGUUACCUGGUUUUUUAUUUGGUUCCUGAUUUUGAUACCUGGUUUGUUAUUUGGUUCCUGAUUUUGUUACCUGGUUUGUUAUUUGGUUCCUGAUAUCUGACCUGGUUUGUUAUUUGGUUCCUGAUUUUAAUACCUGGUUUUGUUAUUUGGUUCCUGAUAUCUGACCUGGUUUUGUUAUUUGCUUCCUGAUAUCUGACCUGGUUUAUUUGCUUCCUGAUAUCUGACCUGGUUUGUUAUUUGGUUCCUGAUAUCUGACCUGGUUUAUUUGGUUCCUGAUAUCUGACCUGGUUUUGUUAUUUGGUUCCUGAUAUCUGACCUGGUUUAUUUGGUUCCUGAUAUCUGACCUGGUUUAUUUGGUUCCUGAUAUCUGACCUGGUUUUGUUAUUUGGUUCCUGGAGCAUUAAUCGCUUUGCCGGUUCCCUGAUAUUGAUACCUGGUUUGUUAUUUGGUUCCUGAUUUUGUUACCUGGUUUGUUAUUUGGUUCCUGAUAUCUGACCUGGUUUGUUAUUUGGUUCCUGAUUUUAAUACCUGGUUUGUUAUUUGGUUCCUGAUAUAUGACCUGGUUUUGUUAAUUGGUUCCUGAUAUCUGACCUGGUUUGUUAUUUGGUUCCUGAUAUCUGACCUGGUUUGUUAUUUGCUUCCUGAUAUCUCACCUGGUUUGUUAUUUGGUUCCUAAUUGUGUUACCUGGUUUUUUAUUUGGUUCCUGAUUUUGUUACCUGGUUUGUUAUUUGGUUCCUGAUAUCUGACCUGGUUUAUUAUUUGGUUCCUGAUAUCUGACCUGGUUUUGUUAUUUGGUUCCUGAUAUCUGACCUGGUUUGUUAUUUGGUUCCUGAUAUCUGACCUGGUUUGUUAUUUGGUUCCUAAUUGUGUUACCUGGUUUAUUUGAUUCCUGAUAUCUGACCUGGUUUGUUAUUUGGUUCCUGAUAUCUGACCUGGUUUGUUAUUUGGUUCCUGAUAUCUGACCUGGUUUGUUUUUUGGUUCCUGAUAUCUGACCUGGUUUGUUAUUUGGUUCCUGAUAUCUGACCUGGUUUGUUAUUUGGUUCCUGAUAUCUGACCUGGUUUUGUUAUUUGCCUCCUGAUAUCUGACCUGGUUUUGUUAUUUGCUUCCUGAUAUCUGACCUGGUUUUGUUAUUUGGUUCCUGAUUGUGUUACCUGGUUUGUUAUUUGGUUCCUGAUAUCUGACCUGGUUUGUUAUUUGGUUCCUAAUUAUGUUACCUGGUUUUUUAUUUGGUUUCUGAUUUUGAUACCUGGUUUGUUAUUUGGUUCCCGAUUUUGUUACCUGGUUUGUUAUUUGGUUCCUGAUAUCUGACCUGGUUUGUUAUUUGGUUCCUGAUUUUAAUACCUGGUUUGUUAUUUGGUUCCUGAUAUCUGACCUGGUUUGUUAUUUGGUUCCUGAUAUCUGACUUGGUUUGUUAUUUAGUUCCUGAUAUCUGACCUGGUUUGUUAUUUGGUUCCUGAUAUCUGACCUGGUUUGUUAUUUGGUUCCUGAUUUUGUUACCUGGUUUGUUAUUUGGUUCCUGAUAUCUGACCUGGUUUGUUAUUUGGUUCCUGAUAUCUGACCUGGUUUGUUAUUUGGUUCCUGAUAUCUGGCCUGGUUUGUUAUUUGGUUCCCGAUUUUGUGACCUGGUUUGUUAUUUGGUUCCUGAUAUCUGACCUGGUUUGUUAUUUGGUUCCUGAUUUUGUUACCUGGCUAAUUUAUUUCACCAUCAGUAAUCUUGAAUAGGAUGUAUUUGGUUCUAGUUUUGGUCUUACAACUUCCUAUUUCCAUCUCAAUGUCUGGCCUGGCCACUCUAAGGUCCCAUAAUACCAGCACAAUCUCUUUCUAUAUUACCAAAUGUCCAUUAGUUUUCUAUCUAUUUACAACAAUCUAAUUGCCUUUUUAGACCAAUACCACCAAAAUCUCGGACGGUCUCUUUCAAGAUGAAUUUGCCACAAGCGUCAGUAUGAGUACCUACCUGGUUGCCUUUGUUGUAGCUGAAAUGAAGAAUAUUUCUAAAGAAUUAAAUGAAACGAUGGUAUGUAUGUGAUAAUGUAUUGAUCGUGUUUGCUUAAUCAUCAUUAAUAUGCAAACCUUACUCCAGAGUUGUUGUUGGGUUUUUGUAUUUUUGGCUUUUUUUAUGGUGGGGUUAUCUUUGGAGACUCACAAAAAAAGGUCUACAACCAAUGUUCAUUUCUGCUGUUUAUUAGAUCUACUACCGCAUAGAAUGGCAGUCGCUGUCGCAUUGUAAAAGCUUUUCUAUGGCAGAGGUUAAUAUAUUUGUUUUUGACCAUUCCGGGGGUAACAUCAUUUUAUUUUAUUUUACAAAUACACUUUUUGUAUUUAUAAAAAAAAAAAAAAAACUUUGCCAAAAUUAUUUUUUUUCAUAAAACCUAUGAAUUUGUUCAUCUUGGUUUUGCAAAUUGUACGUUUUCCCAAAUACUAUUGUAUUCUUAUGUUUCUACUUUGUUUGGAACACAGGUGUCUGUCUAUGCAAUUCCACAGAAAAUGGAUCAAGUGCAGUUCGCACUGGAUGCAGCCACGAAGUUCUUGCAAUUCUAUCAGGAUUACUUUUCAUUUAGCUAUCCUCUCAAGAAGCUAGGUUUGUACCAGUCAGAAUUUUCAAUGUAUAAUGUCAUAACGUUUUCAUUGCCCAUCCAUUUUAUAACGAAAUAAAAAAACAUUCGUGCAGAGUUCGUCUUCCUGUAUACAAAUACAAAUUGAACCUGGCUCUAUAAAUAAUUUAUGGCCAUAAUGAGAGAAUGAUUAAUAUGUGAUCUGUGUUGCUGCUUGGCAGUCAUCCGGCCUAAAGGUGAUUUAUCUCUGGCUUAAAUUAGGAAAAUAAAAAUAUUAAGACAGAUUGGCUUCAUUUGAUAAAGUGAUAGUAUAAAAUGUAAUUUAAGAAUGAAAGUGAAAAAGAGUUUUAGAAUGGUGGACUAUUUAAUUUAAUAACAUCGCUAACACUUUAUUGGUGUUUAUUUAUAUAUAUAUAUAUAUGUAUAUAUAUAUAUAUAUAUAUAUAUAUAUAUAUAAAGUGUAGCAAUUUUCUAUAUACAUAUAAUUAAUAGCAUUAUUCUGUUUAGCUACAAUUUAUCUGCCUCUGUGUCCCUGCUAUCUAGCACUAGGUACAUGAACAUUGUGGUGUGUUUAAUUAAAGAUUCACAAAAGAUGGGAAUUUGUGGUGGUGUUGUACUACUUAAUUGUCAUGGCCAUCACAGUCCUGUAACAAUCUCAUCGACAAAGCUAAAGUAUAGUAAGUGUGUCAUCAUGGGAUAUAAACAAUAAGCUAGUAGAGAAACCAGGAAUCUACCUAAGAAAUAUUAGGGUAACUGUGUCCCAUGGGAUAUCACAAGAAUUUAAGUAAUUGUGUACUUGUGGAAUGUCACUAGGUUGUAACAGGGUAACUGCGCUCCUAUGGAAUGUCACAAAACUAUAUUUGAAUGACUAAUUGAAAUUGGCCUGCACAGUGAUGACCCCCAAAUAUGGUUACUGGAUAACUCCAAGAAAUGAUUGUGAUUGCGUUUUGUUUUUUCUAUGCUUCUCAAUUCUGUGUGUAAAGUUCGAUUUUUAUUUUUUUUAUUUUUUUUAUUUUUUUUUAAUUUUAUUUAUUUAUUUUUUUUUAACUAAAAUCGUGAAUAACAAAUAGACUAUGUGAAAUCUCUUGGUUUGGCAAAAAUCACAUUUUUAAGACCUUUUGAGGAGUGACAAUCAUGAAUAUAUUUUUAAAAACCCAUAUCUCAGACUAUGAAAUGAUAUUACAUUUCAUCUUUUUUUAGAUCUCAAUGUAAACAGCUGCGACUAUUCCUGCAUAUUGUGUUUUGGCUCCUUAAUGCCAGAGUGUGUAUAGCUGCAUGUUGUCAGUUUAUUAAAGGGACACUCCACUGCCAAUUCAAAUAAAAGCAUUGUUUAGUAUAUAUACCCAAAUGAAAAAAUGCAUGCAUUGUGAUAUAUCGAAAAACAUUUUGCAAAAGUAGCAUAUCUCUUGUCUGCAGCCUUUGCGAACCAUCCCCUUCUAACCCCGCCCAGACAUUCUGUGGCUGUCCAAUCACAGACUUCCCAAUGCAGCUCAAUGAGAAGUCUUUGCAAGGCAGGUGCUCUGGGCCAUUGCUGUCUCUUGAUAUUUUUAUUUUAUUUAUUUUUUUGUCAAUGUUUAUUGCAGUGCUGAGAUGUAUAUACAGUCACCAGUCUUGUCCCAACAACAAGAACAGGCGUAUGCGAGAAUUCAAUUAUACAUAUAGCUUGAUAACAGGAUAUAACCAAGCAUGCCAGUGAAUGCUACAUAACUCGACGCUAGUUAGUCAAUAGUAACGGUAAUAGAAAGUCAAGAUAUUUGAUAGGCAAACAGGCAUUUCAUUGCAUUGCACAUUUUAUAUUAUAUAUUAUAAUGUUAUUGAUGCAUAGCAAACGUACUGCCUUUUUGAAGGUAUUAUGAGGUCGCAGGCUUAACUGAUGCAAGUCUUGUCUGCGUGCUUCAUAAAAUAACAAGGUUUGGCAUUACUAAGGAUUAACUGCUUAUACUUUUCAGGGGGCCUCCACCCUAUGGUGGCCACAGGUUCUCAAAGAGCUGGGGCAUGAGACUGCAUAUAUAUCAGCAGGAUUUCACAUUAUGGAAAGGCAGAGAGCAGAAACUGAAACAAUAAACAUAAGAUUAAAUAAUCAUCAAGCAGCAUGUCUAGGUAGGGCUUUGGCCCCUUUACUGCUUAGACCAGUGAUUCAAGACCACCCUCCCAGUCUUCACUCAACCCCCCCCAGUGGAAUUGAAAGCAUGGGUGCUGCGCUGAGGCCUUUCUGGUCAGCACCGUGAUAUUCAGUACGGUAGAUUCAAACUCCUGCCUUAUAUUAGGAAGGGUUGUCUCUGGCAAGGAAACAAAAAAUAUCAGGUCAUCGGCGUAGGCGCCCACCUUAUGGGUCCCACUCGGAGUCCCUUGAUGUCGGAGUUGCCUCUCACAGCUUGGAGGAACGGCUCAAGGGCAAGGACAAAGAGCAGCGGCAACAGCAGACAGCCCUCUCUUGUGCCAUUGUGGAUCUCAAAUGGGUGGGUGAAAGCACGGGUCUUUAUGGGUGGGAUAAAGACCCGUGCCGUAAGGUUAUCGUACAACACUGUGAUCUAGGUGUACCCAUUCCCAGUGCCUGAAGAGUGCGACAGAGGAAGUCCCAGCUCAUUCUGUCGAAGGCCUUUGCUGCAUGCGUGGAAAGCAGUAGAAGGUCCUCCCCAGUCCUCUGGGCUUGAUGAAUCAGCGCCAGUACUCUCAUGGUAUUAUUUCUAGCUUCUCGGAGAGGGACAAAGUUUACUUGGUCCGUUUUUACAAGCCUUGUAGCUCAGAUUUUAGCGAAGAACUUCAAAUCGCAAUUCAGAAGGGAGAUCAGCCAGUAAUUAGCGCACUGCUCCAAGUCCUUGCCCUCCUUGGGUAUCAACGUGAUGUUAGCCGUCAAUGUCUGGGAGAGGAUCCUCUAACCCUGGGUGAGUGAGUUGUAUGCCUCCGGGAAAUGUGGGAACAAUAUGCCCGUGAAUUGCUUAUAGUAACGGAUAGUGAGCCGUAUAGUGAGCCAUUUAUUGGUCUAUUUUGGCGCAGCCUUUAUUGUUGUUUUUAUUCUUCGUAUAGUGAGCCGUCCGGUCCUGUGUUCUUGCCCUGUUUCGUGGCUUUGACCGCCGCCACCAGUUCUUCCAUUGUCAAGGGAGCCUCCAGUGCUUCAACCGCCUCUAUCGGUAGUGUCUCUGAGAUACGCGUGAAUAGGCUCCAACCUCGGCGUACGCUGUGGGGAGUCCGGUAUGGGUGUUUUCGAAUACAGUGUAGAAAAGUAUCCACGUGCCACAUCGGCUAUUCUGUCAGGUUUUUGCUGUGGUCAGCCUUUGGUACCCAGUAGGCAGGCUAUGUACCACUUUUUUCUCUUUAUGUUAAGAAUGUGGGCAAGCAGUUUGCCACAUUUAUCGCUAUUAAUGUAGAAAUAGGCUUUGGUAUGGAGCAGGGAUCGUUGCAGGUGGUGGUGGAGGUGUGUAGCCAGUUUGCGCCUCAUGUCGGCCAAUUCCUGGAAGGUGGUCAAAGCUAAAGGUGCUUUAGGGAUCCGAAGUGUCCUUUUAAGGGACGUGCUAGAACAGACCUGCACAACUUGGCAGUAUGUAGGGGCCAAAAUUAAAAUAUGCUAAACUUCAUUGGGCUGCAGAUAGGUUUUUGUGCCUCACUUUCCAAGUAAAGGUAUAAAAUUGCAUAUAAAAAUACAAAUACACACACACGGACAGACAUACAGAUAUCCACACGGACAGACAUACAAAUACAGACACACACACACUGACAGACAUACAGGUCCAUACACAAACACACAGGGAUAGACACACAUAUACCCACACACACGGACACACACACAGAUACCCCCACACACACAUACACAUGCAAGUCAAAAUAUACACUUUUAUAGCCACCCUCCAGUUUCCUACCUUUUUGGUACUGGUUCCUUGAUGACCAGUUUGCAGGCUGAUGAUGUUGGGAGUUAGGCACUGGCUCUUGCAGCCUGCCCCCACUCCUCUCCUGCCUUCUCCUCCUCCUCUGGUUCCUGUCUCUCUUAGCCUGGCCCCAUUCUAGCUCCCUCCUCCACGCAUCUCUGGGAGGAAGUGACUCGCAGCCCUCACUUCCUCCAAGGAAGUGAGGGUAGGUAAGGGGCAUGGUCGCGCUGUUAAAGGGCCACAGCGCUCAACCGUGCCCCUGCUGACAAAGGCCCAUUGGGUGUCCAUAAGUUCAGGGACCACCCGAUGGGGCUCCUUAGUGUGCGGGCCACAAAAAAUGCUUUGGUGGGCCUCAUGUUGUGCCGGCCUGUGCUAGAAGGGCAAUGGUACGUUGUAGUUCAUCCUUCACCACCUACUCCAUGAGUCUGUGUAGCUCAGAGUGAAUUAAAUGUAAAGCCCCUUCACUGAGCCUUUGUCAUCUUGUCAUUAAGAUGCAAGAAUGCAGUUAUUUUUUUUUUUUUUAGAUAUUUUUUUUAUUUUUUUUACAUUAUUCGUUUAUCACAUAGUCUUUGAAACUAAGAAUACUUAACAUUCUAGCUUAAUCAUGAGUGAAAAUAUAAUCAUUCUUAAUUAGACUUUGCAUGUAUGUUUUUUUUUUUUUGUAUAGAUUUGGUUGCUAUCCCUGACUUCCAAGCAGGUGCAAUGGAGAAUUGGGGGCUCAUUACCUUUCGGGAAACAGAUCUUCUCUACAAUGAGAACACUUCAUCAAUUAUGGAUAAACAAUUAAUUGGUCUGGUGAUUGCGCAUGAAUUGGCUCAUCAGGUAAAUUAUCAAAAGUACCAGACUUAAAAACACUGGUUUAUUUCCAAUUUUGGUCCAAAGCCCCAACAUGGACAGCAAAGGUUUUUGUAUGGCAUCCAUGGUUUCUGCUUACAAUAGUUUUUAUAACUUCAUUGUUUUGUUACGUCUGACCUAUUAGUAUCAAUGUCUCUUUCAUCUACCUUGUGCUGCAGGAUGUGGGGAUUAUUUUAAAAAUGUUACGGGGUCUUCUAGACCAUCUAACUGUUACCAUCAGUUAAAUCAACAUCUAAAUUAAGUUGUUAUGGUGCCAGGUCAUUGGCACUUGCUGAAUGUGUUCUAGUGCUGGACCUCUCUUCCACCUGUCCUUCUGUUUGCUGAAAAACCUCAAGAAGGAAAAUUAUGGCUGCUGCUGGCAGGGGCAUCGCUGGUUGGCACAGUUUGGUCAGAUGAAGUUCUCAGCCAAUAUGUAACUCCCUGUUUUUAUAAGUGGCUGGCUUGAGUAACUUCCAUAGUUUUCUCAAUCAGCAGCAUCGCUGCCUGCUAAAGAUCCAGCUCUGGAACACAGGCUUUGUGGUUAAACUGUUCGUGAAUAGCUUAACCACCCACAGGAACCACCAGGCACCAUAUCAGUUUAAAUGAAGUUGUUAUGGUGCACAAACUAGUCUUUUAACAUUAAAGAACAUCUAUAAAGACUGUAUAUCUGCUGUAUCUUAAGAAAGGACCAGGUGAUCCUGACACAUAUCUUACCUAACCCCUGGAACUAACCAUAGUGAAAUUUAUCCAUACUUUCAAGGACAUUACUAAUAUAGAUAUAGUUUGCAACAUAAGUAGAUUUUUACCACCAGAUUGUUGGAACAUACUUCUAUUUUAGCAGUCCUAUAUUGUCCUAAAUUUAAUUUGAACAUGCAUGGACAUCUAAUUUAACUUGUAGAUAAAUAUUCUUUAAAUUGAGAGAUGGUAUUUGUAAAGGAAUCUGUUGGUAUGUCUGUGCAUGGGAUUCCUAAAAUCCCAGCAGAAUGUAGAAACUAUAUGGAGAUAAUGACAAUAUAAAGUCAGGGGUGUAGUUUAAAAUGUAGAAACACCCACACAUUUUUCUUUUUAAAUGUAUUUAGGAUUAAGCAGUGUUUGCAUUUUUUUCAUGUAUUUAGAACUGAGCAGUGUUUCUGUGUUUGAAUGUAAGCAUGUGUUUGUAUGAAGUAUGUGUGAGUGAAUGUAGGGGUGUGUUUGCAUGUAGUUUUGGCAUUUGAAUGCACGUGUGCAUUUUUAUGUAGUGUGUUUCUUGAAUAUGUGGUGUGUUUUUAUGUAGUGUUGAAAUUUGGAUGCAGGGGUGUAUUUGUGUGUAGUGUUGGCGAAAUGCUGAGAUAUAUGCACAUAUACUCAAAUAUACACACACUGACGCACAUGCAGAUACAUAGACACACAGAUGCACACACUGGCACAUACAGAUACACAUGCAGAUACAUAGAAACACAGUCAUGCACAGAUAUUUCUAACUGGAUGGCUGCCCACUUCCUUAAACUCAACUUGACCAAAACUGAAAUUCUGGUCUUUCCUCCCUCAAGUGUUACUACUCCUGAGUCUCCCUCCCUCCAAGUCAACGGUGUUAACAUCAGCUCCUCCAUGCAGGCUUGUUGCCUAGGUGUUCUCUUUGACUCCGACCUCUCCUUCACGCCUCAUGUUCAAUCUAAAUCCUGACACUUCCAUCUCAAAAACAUUGCGCACAUCUGGCCCUACUUCACGCCAGAUUUGACUGUGUUGGUCCAUUCCACUGUCCUUUCUAGCCUUGACUACUGUAAUCCGCUUCUCAGUGGUCUUACGUGCUCCCAACUUGCGCCAUUACAGUCCAUAAUGAAUGCGGCGGCGAGGCUCAUCUUCCUGUCCGCCCGCACUGCCCACGUAAGAUAUAGGGCUCAAUUUAAAAUUCUAGUUCUUGCUUUCAAAUCUCUACAUAAUGCUGCUCCCACCUAUUUUUCCUCCCCAAUACACAAGUAUGUCCCGUCUAGGCCCUUAAGCUCUACUGAAGACUUAUGUCUAUCUUCUGUCCGUACUCCCACCUCUGAUGCGCAGACUUUGAGGUGGUGUUUCAAGAAAUAAACUUACCUUCUUUAUCCUGGAGUGUUGCCUGUAUCCUUCUGCUCAUGUGAUUAGUCUAAUACUAUCCUUACCUUUUGUGUCAUUUUACCCCACUCCCUCCAGCAUGUAAGCUCAUUGAGCAGGGCCCUCAACCCCUAUUUUCCUGUGUGUCCAACUUGUCUGGUUACAACUACAUGUCUGUUCGUCCACCCAUUGUAAAGCGCUGCGGAAUUUGUUUGCACUUUAUAAAUAAUAACAUAAUAUACAGAGAGACGCACAGAUACAAACACACAUAUAGAUAUACACACACACGUACACACACAAACAGAUACACACACAGGUAUAAGUGUGUGUGUGUGUUUAUUUUAUUCAGUGUGUAUUUUUGAAGUGUCUGUGUACUGUAUGCUGUGUGUGUGUAUUGUUUGUAUGUGUGUGUGUGUGUCCCUUCCUGACUCUUACUUGUGUCCAGGGAGGGGGGACACACGACAUUCCCUGGUGGUCCGGUGGCACAGUAUGGUUGCCCAGUCAAGAGGGGACCAGGAGUCUCCACAUCCAGCAGCAGCAUGUCCUCUGUUCUCGCAAUGCGAAUUCUGAAAAUGCGCCCCGGGCCCCCCCAGUGAGUGGCACUCAGGGCGGACCGGUCCCCCCUUUCCCUCUUAGUACGUCACUGUAUAAAGUAAAUACAGAGAAUGGCUAAUCUGGCUUUCAUUGGACAGGACACUAUUCCCUCUCACACUUGUCUGUUAUUGUGUGGCCUUGUACAAUGAGCUUGUAAGCUCCUAUACAAAACACAAGGGGUGACAUGUGCAGGAUUUGAGUGGAUGGGCUUGGUAAGUAAUGCAAAAUGAAACAAAGUUUGCAGAGAGAUGGUUCAGAGAUGUAAUUAACGUUUUCUUGUUUGCACCAGUGGUUUGGGAAUCUUGUGACCAUGGAGUGGUGGAAUGAUCUCUGGCUGAAUGAAGGAUUUGCAACUUACAUGGAACACGUGUCCUUGCGGAAAGUCUACCCAGAGCUGAAUGCUGUAAGUGUACUGUGACAAAUUCCAGAUAGUACGAUCAUACUGUUAAGAAAACAUGAAGCAGUGACACAUUGACCUAUUAUUUGUACGCAAGGAGGCAAGCAUUUUUUUAAAAAAAUCCGAGUUACCUUAUCCAGAGUGUUACACAUAAAAAGUACUGUUAGUCUUUAGGGAAUGGCUACAGAGCUAAAAGUCCAAUACGCCACAAUUUAAUUGACAUCUGUACAUCAUAAGGAAGGGAAAGCUGAAAUAAUAAAAUUAAACGGAUAGUACUCUUUGUUUAAUGUUUAAAUCUCAGCUGUAUCACAUCAUAACUUACUCAUAGGGUUCAGUCCGCCAACCAGGAACAGUUGGGACCCUGAUGUAUAUAAGAAUAUCCGCUUCUAGAAAAUUAAUGGGGAUCUUCCGUAACAGGGCCACCUUAAUAAAUGACAACUGCAAAAGUAAUGAAUAUAUAAUUUAUUGUAAAGAUAGAUGAUAUAUUUCAUUGCUUUAGGAGUUAAGUUAAUACUUUUGCUGCAGCAACUCUGACAUUACAGAGGGCUCCCGCUCCCAUGUAUGUCUCAACCCUCUCGUACUGAACUGACCCCACUGGAGAACUCUUCUAUUCCUCCCCAAGGAUGCUGAUAUGCUAGUGUCACUCUGUUCAUAUGAAUAUGAGAGUGACCGAUUGGUUCUGACACUUGCAAAGCACAAGACACACUCACCAGAGGGAUAUCACUGCAAUACCAUUGUGCACAGCAACUACACUACAUGCACUACAUAUAAUAAUACACUACAUAAUAUAAUACACUACAUGUAGUUCCUGUGACACUGUGCAAGAAAACUCUAUAAGAGAAUUCUCCCGUUCUCCGUGUUACUUAGUUAUCACCACAGAUGUUUAUACUUCUGACAUGUGGAAAGGACCAUAUUUUAAAAACGAUUUCUCUAAACAAAUAUUACUGCUAGCACAAUAUAUAAAUGUUUGUGUUUUUUUUUCUUUCAUUUAAUCUAAAGUGUUGUGAAACAUGGCUAUCUCCUUUUUAAAUGUUUGGGGCAGCAGCGUAGGGAUAAUCGAAUGUUUCUAAAUAUUUGACAAAUCAUUAAAAUAACGCAACAUUAAUUUAAAGGAGUAUAUAGUCAACAUUUGGACAGCGACUACAGUGUUUGUAGGAAAUGGAGGUGUAUCUCCUUGUUUUGUGCAUUUUUAUCACUUUAAAUAUUUUGUCACAGAUGGCAAAACAAAUCUGUCCAACUGGUACAGAAUUCUGUACAUUAAUACUUAACCUCCCCUUCCAAAUUUCUCUUAAAUUAUACAUGUUAAGAUUUAUCAUAUUCUUACCCAAUAUUACCAGAGUUUGCUUUGGUCAGACAAAUAAGUAAUUUUUACAUGUGGUCAAUCACCGCAAUAAAAUAUUCUAAAAACAUGAAGGAAUGAUCAUCAGUUAUCUACAUGAUCAUUAAUACAACACAGACAUCCAAUUCAGAGGCAAAAAGUAUUUAAACAAUUUAAUGCACAAGUUGCCAGCACAAAAUGCCAACAGUUUGAAACCCAUUUCUUGUGCCUCCUUUGGAAACCAUAAGUUUUCACGUUCUCGAACACGAGAGCAAAUUGAUAAGAACCAGAUAAAGAAGUGUGCAGACACAAUGACUCCUGGGGACACACACAAUGCACUGUGUGCAAAAAUGUUGUUGGUUUUUAGGGAUAUUAAUAUCUGUCUAUCAAACAUUUGUCCAAGCUGCAGCUUUCAAGAUCUGGGCAGCUAUAGCCUGUUUAAUCACGUUUUUAGUACACAUCCCAUUUGCAUCAGGACAAAAGGGGAUUGUUUAUAUACAAAUUGUAAUUUGUUCUCAUGAAUCAUACAUACAUAGGAACAAAACAAAAAUGUGAAACAAGCCCGGCUAAAUAACUGUAUGACGCAGGCUCAGUCCUUGGUAUCAAAAUGGUUCAACACAACCAUGUAGAACUACGUUUUAAUUGUGCCUUAAUAAUUUAUUGUUGCAAAAGCAAAAAUUCCAGAAUCCGUUUUUCACCAUCCUAACAUUUUAGUAUUUGUAAAAAUGAUCUGUGAUAACACACGUCUAGUUUAUUUCUGUGUGGGAGAUUUUAAGGAGUGCUGUCUGACCUUUCAAUUUUAGGAAUGAUUGUCGCAAGCUAUUUCUGUCUUGGUUUCCUUUAGAAAAAUCGUAUUAUUAUUAUUUAAGGUCCUUUAUUUUUUAUUUAUUUUUGGAUCAUCUUGAAUCACAAAACCACAAUCAAUGCAUUGGAAUUCUGAAUUCUAGAUUGAAUUAAGAUCAGAUAAUACCAGAAUUCAGGGCUGGCUUACCAACUAAGAAGCCACCCAGGCACUCAGGAAGUGGCCCCGGCCCUUCUCGAGCCGUAAGGGAGUUUAAAAAUUCUCUCUGCUUGUUCCUAUACCCCUCCACGUCACAGAGGGAGCAUUGUGGUCUGUACCAAUAUCAGGUGCGGAUCGCUUUAAGGACACUCUUGAAACUGAUACAGACACGAUGGAGCUCCCCCACCACCAGGGAUCCAGCUCACCCUCCACUGGACCACCAAGGAAGAGGUACGCUGGAUUCACACACAUACACACUCAGACUCCCCUAUGCACAAAUAAUUGAGCCACACUGAACCAGCACAGACACACAUUCCGCCUCCUCCACACACAACACCCUGCCACUACAUACGCAUUCACACACCCAACACUCAUUCAACACAAACACCACACACACAAACAAGCCUAUGGAUGUAGGAGGGGGCCUAGCUCUGUCAGCAUAAGAUGAAAUCACCCUACUAUUAAUAGGAUGGAGCUCAGACCUAACCUUCCUACCUAUCAUUAUCCAGAUCACAGUUAGACCAAAAGUAUUUCCAUUUGUAGCAAACUUGCCUAAAUCAAUAAAAUCCCCAAAUUACAUUUUUUUUACGGUUACCCAUUAAUGUUAUUUUAAAUUGAAGGGUAUGGGAUUUUGUGACAUAAUUGUCAGUUAAACGCAUAUACUCCUUUAUAAUGAACCGGCACCAGCAAGACAGUGACCGUUCCUCUUUCAGCACCGGAAAGAUAAGCGUAUGGGUAUUCACAAAGUGCCUCUCCUCUUGCGUGGAGUCUCGUGUCUGUCUGUAUUACAUGCAUGUGGCAGUAAAUAAUGCUGAGAGGUCUGUUCAUCUUCAGAGUUCUCCUAAGUGGUUUGAUUCCCCCCACACCACAUGUAGCAAUGCAUGCGAAAAUGUAACAUGUAUCUUUGGGGAGGAAGUGAAUUUCCUUCCAUUUUUCUAAAUUACUUUUUGAUUUUACAGUGCAGUGUUUGAACAUCAUUAUGUUGGCGCCAUCUUGUGGCUGAAAAUGUUAUAUGGUGAUUUAAAGAAAUACUCUAAGCACCAUAACCACUUUGAUAUUGAAGUGUUUAUGGUUCACAAACCCUAUUUCUGCAACUUUUCAGCCAGUAUUCUCUUUUCCUUGCUGGCAAUAUCAGGUUUGCACAGCUUUUCUGUCAGUUGUUGGCAUGCACAGAUGAUACCCACAGGCAUGGUGGACAGUCUGUGCAGUUUCUCCAGCUUAUCCCUGUGGCUGUCACCCAGCCAGCAGUAGUUAUGGUGCUGACUAUGGCAGCAUAAAUAUUUCUUUAUAGCUGUACAAGAGGACUGUAACUAUCACCCUUAGCCCUAAGCAUGUAAUUAUUCUAUUAUUUUUAUAAACUGCAAUAAUUACCUACUAGGGUUAACUCCUCCUCUAGUGGCUGUCUACCAGACAGCCACUGGCUGGACUUCCAGGCUCGAAUGCGACUUUUGGUCACCUAAACGAUGCUGUUCAUCCUUACGCUAUGCAUGAGGACUUCCAGCGUCACCGGAAUCCCCAUAGGAAAGCAUUGAAUAAUGCUUUGCUAUAGGGAAAUCCUAAUGUGAGCGCGGCUCUUGAAUAGAUAAGUGACACACUUGCCAUGCAUGAGCUUCUCAUCCCUAAUUCUUCAGAUCGGGAUGAAGUUGCAGGAAAAGGAGGGGGGAAAAUAAGUAUAUAAAAUACCCUCCCCUCCCCCCAAUGUUUUUAUUGCAGUUGGCGAAGAGGGAGCUAAAUCUAAAUUGGAACUAAAGAACUAUAGUGUUAGGAAUACAUGUCUGUAUUCUUAAUGCUAUAGCUUUCCUUUACAGAAUACUGCAUUAUUAGACAUAGUUUCAAUUUAAGGGUCCAUUUUCAAGCUUUCUUUUAUUACAUAAGCACUAUUUUACCAAACCAGGAAACCCAAGGCAAAAAAGUUAUCCGGACCCAAAACACUGGCCGCCUGAUUUGAUGUUUUUCACAAAGACUAUGAUUGAUUGGCUUUUAAAAAAAAAAAAAAGAAAGGGAAAUAUAUAUAUAUAUAUAUAAAAAACAAGUUAUACUCUUUUUAACACUGAGGGAGAUUAAUCAAAGAAUUGCCUUUUUUGGCAAUGUAUUAAAUCUAUGACUUAUUUUAUACUCUAAGCAUCCUCUUUUUUUUUUUUUUGGUAAAACAAAUUAUCAAUUGAUAUCUUAUCCAUUCAAAAUCUAUUUUUUUCAGCAACAUGGUGGGAUUUGGGCUUGGAAAAAGACACUUUCUAGACUGUUCAGAAUACUGGGAUAUGUCUUCCCUUGAAAGUUUUUACUGAUCGGAUAUCCUAAGCUGCAUUUUUACUCGGACACCAUCUUGAAAUCCUAUUAAUUUCCAUAUUAUUUUUCUUAGGAUGACCUCUUCCUGACACAACGUUUCAAGGCCAUGCAAAAGGAUUCAUUAACUACGUCUCAUCCUAUAUCUACAGAUGUUCAGUCUCCAGAACAAGUUGAGGAAAUGUUUGACGACCUUUCCUAUAUUAAGGUAUCAACUCAUCUUGCGUAUAAAGAUUUAUUGUGUGAUGUGUAUUUAAGAUGGGUUUCUGAAUCAAGGUUGAAAGGACACUCCACACAUCUAUGCAUGUUAGGCACCUUGGCCAAGUUAGGCUAAAUCACUUUAGUUUUUUGUUUAAUAUUAAUAAUUAUUAGUUUGUUAUUAAUUUGACUUAUUUUUUGGAGAUAAAGCAAUCAGCUCACAAUAGCUGCAGAACUAGCUUCUGCAGCUACUGAAAGACCUUUCAUUUUUCCCCUAUCACAGACUGCCUUAGCUCCACAGUGUAGCCAGGGAGUUAAAGGGCCACUCCACCCGUUUUUUGGUGGAAACUUUUUUUUUUUUCCCUAUUAAAAAUGCCCUAUUGGGCACUAUUAUUUAGGCCCCCCCUACAAUGUCUUGCUGUAAAACAUGCAAAAAAGAUUUAAAAAAUAAAAUAAAAUAUAUAUAUUUUUUUUACUCAGGUGGAAUCUAGCACUAGGCAAAGCUCCCAGCACUGCCUUCCUUGCGUGUAUCUGGCAUAGGCAAGGGCCUUGUGCAGUCCAAUUAGAGACUUCCCACAGAUAUGCCUUUGAUUAGACUGUUUUGCCGGCUCAGAGCGCAUGCGCGCAAUCUGAGCUGAAGAUAUAAUCUUUAGGAAAUAAUCAUACUGACUGUGUUGGAAUUUCACUGAAAUUCCAACCCAGUCAAAAGAUAUACAAAGUAUGAACUACUCUAUCUCCGUAUGUUUUCUUAUACCUCACACUUCUUGGCAUUGGACGGAGCUACCACCGUCAGGACGUGUCAAUCGCCCAGCUGUCACCAGUGACGGCUGCAGGGAAUUGGUCUAUAUACCUCAAUGCUGUACUCUCACGCAUGUAUACUCUUGUCUUUACAAAUUAUGCCUACCUGCAAGAGAGAAGCUCAAUGCAUCCAUUGCCAGUGUGCAGUAUGCAACGAUGACAGAUGUAGUUUAUGCACAGGCUUGACAUGUGGCAGUCUGGAACAGAGUUUUGGGCUGCCAAAGUCAUGUGUGCCGGGGGUGUAACAUACUCUGCAUGUGCAGCGUUUCAAGCAGAAAGUGCCCUUUUAAGGCAGGUGUGCUCUGGGACAAGCACGUUCUCCAGGGAUCUAACUUGGCAGUAUAAAAAUAUCUUCCAGCUGGUUGACUGACAGCCAGGAAGGUGUAAAUGGUUAGAAUUAUCAGAGUGACCAUCCCUAUUGAAAUUGUGUAAUAUAAAACAAACAAACAAGGGACACAUUUUUCACACACAAAGUAUUGCAAACUGAAGUGCUUUAUUUGUUUGGAGUAUAUAUUUUAAGUGAUCUGCAAUACUUCCUGGUUUGGUGAGAGCUCGUUGUAGAACUUGGUUUGUGAAUUUGCAGCAAUUUCAGGAACUUCAAAUACAAGCAUUCUUUUCUAUUUUUAUGAUUUUUUUAUUUACUAUUUUGUCUAUUUACAUACUCUGAAAUAUUUCUGGAGUGUCUUUUUUUUUUUUAACUAACUGAUUGUUGCAGUUUUAAAAUGUACCAGCAGGUGGCAAUAAUGUACAGAUGUAUGUAUACCCUGAAUAUUCAAAUGUCCCUACGCGAUAAAUUUAAGAAAUGAAAUCACGUGCAACUAUAUAUUACUCCUCUUUCUUUUGCACUUAUUCAUGGAAGAAUAAUAUUGUACUUUUUUCAAACAUUUUAUAAAAAAGCAGAGUGUUAAGAAAUUACCUGUCUUCUACUUAGGGAGAUAUCUUUUGAUAAUAAUAAUUCUGUUUGCUAAGGUUUUGUAUCCCGUGCACAUGAUGACAAUUUUGAAUAAAAAAAAAAAAAUACUUUGAAUACUUCCAAUUGUUUAUUUGUCUCCAUAAAAAUACUAGAAUCUCAUUGUGUUUGGCCUGGUGGGGAACUCACAAAGGCUGUCAGUUGAGACCAGAUGCCUCUCUGUUUCCCAUCCCAAUUCUCGAGGAAUAAUAUCUUUUACCCCCUCAAAGAUCUUUCAUCAGCUGCACAAGGCUGAGAAAUCCAAAAUAUUCCACUUUUUGAAUCCAAACACACCAAUUAUCAUUAAUAAACCAAUUCUAGACUUGCACAGGAAAGACUUGAGUUGUGUGUGGGAAGUAGAAGAAAUCACCGAUCCUUAAAUAACUCCUAAUCAGAAUAGAGGAAAAAAUCUGUAUAGUGUAAUAUCGUAUGGUAACAACAUUUGUCUUUCAGAUUGCAAAAUGCACCAAAUUAAAUGAGAGCAAAUAAAUUUAAUAUCCAAGACCACCUGUGCCCUGUUCGUCUUGAUGGAAAUCUUUACUCUUCCUUAAUUCACUUAAUGUCAGAGGCAACAUUAAGUAUCAUAUUUGUUUAUAUUGCAAAGUGGAUUUAUUUCAUGCACUGAAAAUUAACUGGCCACUCAAAGAACCAUAAAUGAUAAAUGCUGUAGCUAAUUGUAGUGGUCAUGGUGUCAGAGACGACACCCCGCCCUGAUUUUUCCCAAACCGUCGUGGGAUGGUUUCCAGCUUAGCCACUCUCCCAUCAAUAGAAAUUCUCUUAUAUAAUAACUGAAUGAGCUGUUGGUGCAUGUAGAUCUUUAGGUUUUGCCAAACCACUCCAAGUCAGUUUGACAAAAAAAAUGGCACCUCGGACUUGUUCUGCAAUAAUCUAUGUGGUUGGCACUUAGAGUGCCGUGUAAAAAAAACACACAAAAAACAACCUGUAGGGACUGUGUCCUGUGCAUUUUGUCCUGUGCAUUUUAGGUAGAACUAUAUGGGUGUUUCCCUCCAUGGAACUGAGACAUCUGAUUGACUCCUAAAUAUACAAUUCCUACACUAGCUGGCCAUUGGUCCAGCCAUGGAUGGGGCUUUUUUGAAAUGUACUUCUCAAGCACUGUAAGUGAGUUUACUUAAAAUUUUAUUUAUUUGCUUAUCUAUAGACUGCAAACUGUAUAGCUUUAGCCACUAUCCUAUUUUAAUGUCGGUUUUUGUUUUGUUCACAGGGUGCUGCUGUUUUGUUAAUGCUAAAUAACUUUCUCUCGGAAGAUGUUUUUCACACUUGCUUAAAAGAUUAUUUGAAGAUGCACAAAUAUGGCUCCACAACGAGUGAUGGUUUGUGGGAAAGUAUGAAUAUGGUAAGUUUUCUACUGAAACAAAUUGGAAUUUUUUUAAUUUAUUUUUUGGUAUUAGACUUAUGCUCAUACAUGUGUUGGUGGGCCAUACCUUAUUAACAGACCUAUAAAGAGCUGUAUUUUACUUUAUUCUGUAUCACCAGGAAGACCUCUUGCAAGAUCUUUUGUUUUUGCUUACAUACAGGUUCUUAAAGCUGCACUGUCCCCCCACCUCCCCCUGAAAAAUGUGUAUUUUAUAAAGAUAAAAUCUUUAUGAAAUACUAAUUCAGUGUGUUGGAAUGUCACUGAAAUUCCAACCAAGUCAAGAGAUCUAUUGAGAAACAGUAAAAACUGCUCUGUUUCUGUAUGUUUCCUAUACCUGACACCUCUAAGCACUGGUCGGAGCUACCGCCGUCUAGUCCAACCCCUAGCCAUCACCAUAAAUGGCUGCAGAAACUUCCUCUGUCUGUGGAGGAAUCCGCAGUCUUGAAGGAUCCUCCAUAGACUUCAAUGCUGUCCUCUCGCUCAUGUGCAGUGAUUGUCAGCUCCUGGCCCCAGGAGCUGAAGAGGACAUGGCAGAAGAAGAUGUCUCCAACCGCGAGGGACAGGUUCAGGUAAGUAGAACUCACCUGCCCCAUCCCCUGGACCUCCAGCAGUGUUGUCACUGUGUUGUCAGUGCCACUUUAACUGAUAUCAUGUGUUCAGUAAAUCAAGUGACAUGUUUUCAAGAGGAAUCAUACUGUGGUUUUGCACUGACUUUCAUUAGGAAGUAAAUUAUGCAGACAUUCUUUGUCACAGUUAUGGACAAGUCCAAUAACCACCAUGUUGAUGUGCUAGGACAGAGAUUGGCUACCUUCAGCACUCCAGAUGUUGUGAACUAUAUCCCCCAUAAUGCUCUUACACCCAUACUGGCAAUGUAUCAUGGGAGGUGUAGUCCAAAACAUCUGGAGUGCUGAAGUUUGCGUAUGCCUGCGCUAGGAGAUCAUGUGUUUGCUAUGUCCUAAGUACUCCUAUCCUUUAAUUUUUAUUUUAUUAGGAUCUUCACCAUUUGUUUUAGACAGCUAGACUUUGAAUGUAGAAACUAUUUUUUUUGUGGUACAUUAAAGUUAAUUAAGAAAGAUAUUUGCUGGUUGCAUAAGUGUUGAUCGUCUGUUUCUACUUCUGAUAGCUACCUUGGAAUACAUGUACAUCUAUGAAGCUUUUGGGUUAAGUGUCUACUAGUAAUUUAUUUGUGGAUCCUGCAGUUUUUGAUUAUUUUUCUUGGAUAACUUGUUGUCUCGUCUUUUCCCUUUGGCAAAUCCUAAAUGGGAUUUGUUACUUAUUUAUUUAUAUGUUUAUUUUUCUGUUAUAGUUAUAGUUGUCCUUGGAUGUUUUCUCCCUUCUCAGCCGUGGAUCUACCAACUUCCUGCAUAGUUACCUUUGGCAUCUUGAUUGCAUAUCUGACUAAUCCACUACCCAACCCAGAUUGUUUGUUUAGGUAAACUUUCUAACAAACUGUGGGACCCUACAGAAACUGAACUCUUUGUCAUAUCCAUCAUAUUCCUCAUAACGGAACAAUAUUUGCAGUGUGUCAGGGUGCAUUAUCCUGCUGAAAGAGGCCACUGAUAUCAGGGAGCACCAUUGCCAUGAAAGGGUGUACGUGGUCUGCAACAAUUUCUAGGAAGGUAGUACAUGUCAAAGUAACAUCCACAUGAAUGCCAGGAGGUUUCCCAACAGAACAUUGCCCAGUGCAAAACACUGCCUUUGCCGGUCUUCUUUCUUCCCAUAGUGCGCCCUGUUGUCAUCUCUUCCCUAGGUAAACAAGGCACUUGGCCAUCCACUUGAUCUAAAAGAAAACAUGAUUCAUCAGACUUGGCACCCCUUUUCAAUUGCUCCAUGUUACAGUUCUGAUGCUCAUUUUCCCAUUGAAGGUGCUUACAGCAGUGGAGAGGGAUCCUCAUGAACACUUUGACUGGUCUGUGGCUACGCAGUCUCAUACGCAGGAAACUGUGAUGCACUUUGCUUCAUCACCUUUCUAGCAUUACGUUUUUCAGCAAUUUGAGCUACAUCAACUCUUCUGUGUGAUUGGGCCAGACUAGCUAAUGCUGGUUCACCGGCUUUCCUUCCUUGCACCAGUUUUGGUAGGUAUUAACCACUGCGUACUUGGAGCACUCCACAAAACCUUCCCUUUUGGAAAUGCUGUGACCCAGUCAUCUAGCCAUCACUAUUACACCCUUGUCGAAGUCCGAUCUUUUUACUUGUAACAUGUGAAAUUCAAGAACUGACUGUUCACUUGAUGCCUAAUGUAUCCUAUCGCUUGGCAGGUGACAUUGACAUAAUAUAAUCAAUGCUAUUCACUACACCGGUCAGUGAUUUUAAAGGGACACUCCACUGCCCAAUUACAAAAUAAAUAAAAAUCACUGUUUAGGAAAUAUAACCCAAAUGAAAACCUUCAUGGGUUUAAUUAAGCAUUUUUCAUUGGGGUUAUAUUUAAAAUGAAAUUGCAAAAUCUGCAGUUUUAUUGUCUGCUGCCUUUGCAAGCCCUCCCCUUCUUUUCCUGCCCAGACUUUCUGUCGCUGUCCAAUCACAGACUUCCCAAUGCAGCUCAACGAGAAGUCUUUGCAAGAGUUUUAGAUUAAAGGACCACUAUAGUGCCAGGAAAACAUACUCGUUUUCCUGGCACUAUAGUGCCCUGAGGGUGCCCCCACCCUCAGGGACCCCCUCCCGCCCGGCUCUGGAAGGGGAAAGGGGUAAAAACUUACCUUUUUCCAGCGCUGGGCGGAGAGCUCUCCUCCUUCUCUCCUCCUCCAUUCCUCCUCCUGGGCUGAAUGCGCACGCGCGGCAAGAGCUGCGCGCGCAUUCAGCCCGUCGCAUAGGAAAGCAUUUACAAUGCUUUCCUAUGGACGCUUGCGUGCUCUCACUGUGAAAAUCACAGUGAGAAGCACGCAAGCGCCUCUAGUGGCUGCCAAUGAGACAGCCACUAGAGGAUUAGGGGGAAGGCUUAACCCAUUCAUAAUUAUAGCAGUUUCUCUGAAACUGCUAUAAUUAUGAAAGAAUGGGUUAACCCUAGAAGGACCUGGCACCCAGACCACUUCAUUAAGCUGAAGUGGUCUGGGUGCCUAGAGUGGUCCUUUAACCGAGCUAGCCAAACUAGGAAAUAACAGGAUAUGUUAUCCGAUUGACAGCCAGUGGGUAUAACCAUGUUCAUUUAUAAAAGUGUCAAUUUCUAUUGAAAUCUGCACUUUUUGCAAAUUAAAAAAAUUGGAUACUCUCUUCACACAUACAGCUUUUCAGCAAGCUAAUAAGGGGUCUUUAAUGUUGUGGCUGAUCAGUGUAUUUUGGUGUUUCUUAGCAACAGUGGUGAAUACUUGAACCUUUUUAUAUAAUUCUCUUUGUGUCACAAAGCAAAAUAUUUAGCAUUUUCAAAGUGCUAGGUAUGUAUGAAAAUCAAUAUAUGGAAUUGAAAUAGAUUUUAUUAGAAAUCAAGGCUUCAAAUGUUGAAUUUUGAAAUCUAUGUAUUGUAAAAUAACCUUCAGAGAAUUCAGCAUGGGUUAGGGGUCGGAGCGAGCAAAAGAGAGCCAUUAAAAGCCACCUCCAGCCACAUGAUGAAUUAGAAUACAAUUAAAAAUCUUUCUUAAAAUCAGUUAUAUAGAAAACUUUUGCCAUUUCAUUCCUCCCCCCCCCCCCCUUAAAUAAAUUUGCCAAAAUGCUUCACUUUUAUUAUUAGUAAUUAUUUUUAAUUUCGGACGUAGUUGAGUUCAACAAUAAUCCAGGCAGACACGUCCAUCUUUUCUCUGUUUGUUUAGCUAACGAUCCAUCUAUUUCAUUCAUAAGUCUUGUGAUAUCGGCAUGCACCGCUCAAGUCAGGAAAUAAGUUAAUUAAAAAAAUGAGUUGACUCAAAGUUUACAGGGAUAUUUCAAACAAUACAAGACUACUAUUUCUACAUCCACAGGGCACGGGGAAAGUUAUUCAUGUCUGUCGAAGCUUGAAGAUAUUUAAUGUUUGUUUUGUCCUCUACUUUUGGUGGGUCAGAGACUCUGGGAUCAUGCAUUGGGUCUUUGCAUUAAUAUUGCGAUGUAAUGAGAAUUCUAUUAUUCUAAUCCUGGAGUUAUAAAGGAAUAUGGGAGAGUGCACCUUCAAAUAAAGAUAUUGAUCUGCAUUUUAGAUUGAGUUGGAAUCUCUUUAAAAUUGUAGCUGUUACUACAACUUUCAGUUUUAAUAAACCUGUACAAUUUCUGUGGUUUUUUUUUUGACAAUUACAUUACUUUAUGUAGUUGCAUAGUAAUCUAGGUUGAAAAUCACUCAAGACAAUCAAAUUCACUCUUUAAAACACAUCUUUUUACGUAGUUGAUCCAAAAGGAGGCAAAAAAAAACCCAAAACAAUUUGAAGCGAUGGCCAAUUAGGCCUCAAAAAUGGGGAAAAUAAAUUUCUUCUUGACUCCAUAACGGAAGUCCAAUUUUAUCACGACUGAUUUGUUUAUCAUUUGUUGGUAAUGGGGUUUUUAUAACUCUACAGCUGGAAUACAAGGGUCUGUUGUGUGUUUGUGUUGACAUGGUUUAUAUGACACACAUACAUUCUGCUUGCAGCUGUGGAUUACAUUGUGAAAUAAAUCUCUGAGUCCAGGCCUGUCACUUUAUUACGUGAUAUAAUCUCAUCUGUCUGGUGAUGGGAGCACUUUUCAUCAGCAUGUGUCCCCUCCAAAGAGAGACAUUGGAUAGUUAUAUGUAUAUUAAAGUCCCUUUAGGGAAAUGUUAAAGCUCAAUUUUGAUUUGUUUGUUUUAUACAAUGAUUCAAAUUAGUUUAAUGCAAUUUUAAAAUGGUACAUAAAACUGUACCGUCAAUGAGAGGUACCAAUGCAUUUUAUUGCACAGCCUUGGCCAAAAGUAUAUCCCAGAUGUUGUAGAAUUCACCUAACAUAAUGGCUUACCACCCCUAAUACUGAGGUCUACCUUUAGAGCUAGCUCUACAGACCUACAGUUACAGGUUUAUAGAAAUGUUUGGGGUUUUCUAAAGCAGGGUUCACUUAAAGAAAAAUCACAGCAACUACCCAAUGUGUACUGUGUAGAAUCACAGCAACUACAGAAUGUGUAGAUGCCAAUAUAUUCUCUGUUUAGAGUACUAAACCCACCUAUAUAUUCCAGGUCCUUGAGAUUCUCCUCACUGCAGGUCUGAUCCACCUCUUGUUAAGUCACCAACACUGAUAACUUGUGUCCAAUCAGAUGUUUCUCAUAGAGAAGCAAUGGGGCAGCACAUGGUGAGGGCUCAACACUCGUUGCAAUCCAAUUCUUCUCCAUGAGAAGCCCUCACGUUCAUUUUGAACUACAGAUGAAAGUGAGUGAAACAGGAAACCCCCCCCCCCACCCAUGGCUGUCUGGUUUACAACCAGGAGGUGUUCAUAAGGGGAUUUAUAGAAGUAAUGCUUUCUGUUAAAAUGGGAACUUUUAUAAAAUAAGGCAAAGUGCUUUAGGACAUUCAUGUCCAACCUUUUGGUUUAGCGGGCCACAUUGAGCGAAGAGGACUUGUCUUGGGCCGCACAUAAAAUAUGUAAUUUAUAUAAUAAAAUUUCAAAAGACCAUUUCUUAAUUUUAAUAUUUCAUUUGUUUAGUAGAUAACAUCCUUAUUUUUUAUCCUUAACUACGGAUAUCCCACACAAGGAUAACAAAUAAGUAAGUUAUCUACUAAAAACAUACUCAUGUAUAUGCAAACACACAUAAUCACAGAUAUGCACAUACACACACAAUCACAGACCUAUACACACAAUUACAGAUACACACACACACGCAAUCAUAGACCUAUACACACAAUUACAGAUAUACACACACAUGCAAUCAUAGACCUAUACACACAAUUACAGAUAGAUACACACACACACACACAGACACACACACAAUCAUAGACCUAUACACACAAUUACAGAUGUACACACAACCACAUACACACAUAAUUACUGGCAUACACACAAAAAUCAUAUUCAUACACACACAUUUAGUAAUUAAGCAGUCCACCAUACUACCUACCUUGCUCUGAGAGGGAUGGAAUGGAUCCUCUCCCUGGUGGUUGCAGCUGUGCUCUUCCUGCACAGGUCCAACAUGCGCCCAGUAGUGAUGCCGAGAUAACGUCAUAUCCCAGCUGCUGACUCACUGCAGGGAUCGCGAGGGAGCUGUGCAGAAACUGCAUAGUAAGUAAUGGGCUCCCUGCCUCCCCAGAGCCCGGAUGGCAUUACAAGCGGUUCAGGGCUGCGGAUUUUACAUGCCUGGUGUAGCAGAAUGAAGUGUCCCUUUAAACACAAUCCAUACAUUUGCUAGCACAGUAUACAGAUCACAUUUACAGCUCUCUAGGAUGAGCAGAAUUGUUUUAUACAAUCUUCCCAAUCUGAUCUUUAAAUUUCCUCAUUCACAACUGAAUGUCCUACAUUUUUAACAAAAGCAACAAUGGGUAGAGCUAAAAAUGCUAAGCAAUGCAACCCUAGCCAAUUAACCAUUUAAGGUACCAGUGCGAUCAAUCAGAAAUUGAAGUUGAAUUCACUUUACAUUCCCAACAAUUUCCUGCUAGACGAUUAACCACAUCAAUGUGCAGUAAUAGAAGGACUGGUGGAUCAAUCAUUUCUAAAACUUUUAGAUCGAUGUAGACUCCACCAUGCAAAGUCAGGGUUAAAUCUCACGUGUGAGUGCAGUAUCUUUUGGGCUUGCUCUGUUUUGAAUUCACACUAUUCUUGGAGAACGCUCUAUGUAGUUGAUGAUGGAAAAGCCUUUACCGUGCUAGUAAAUCUAUAUAUUUGUAACUUCUAGAUCACUAAAUCAAACCCAGAUGUGAAAAUUUUGAUGGAGUCCUGGACCCGGCAGGCUGGCUACCCUCUCGUGACUGUUCAGAAAAAAGGAAAAGAGAUCCUGCUCAGCCAGGAGCGAUUUCUGCAAUUGAGCAACAAUACAUUAAAUAUCAGGUGGGUUCUCUAUGAACAAGCAUCAUUUUGAUUAGUUUAAUAAUAAUACAUUUUGUUGUAUUUCUUGACACCUUGUAUAAACAACUUUUGGUGUAUAGCUCAUGCCCCUACAGUCUCGCUGGUCAAUUCUCUGCCAUUAUGGACUUAAAUCACUUUUGUUUCUGUUUCUGCAGGUCUCCUGGCUGUGAUUCGCACAGUAUGCAUGGGGAAAAAAAAAAGGUUUAAUUUGCAAUCCGAUCUUACAGCACAGUGUGUUUACUAUAGAAGUUUUUUUUUUAUUUCCUACUCUGUUACUUGAAGUUUAAUCAAGCACAGGACGUUGUGGCAGAUUAAAUUAACCGAGCAGGAGAUAAAACUUUUUAAAGUGUAUGGCAAGAUAGCUAUAAUCUUUAGACUCUCUUUCAGGAUGUAGGUAGAGCGGCUGUGUGAGUCUCAGCCAAGGGGGGUGUGGCUAGAUCUAAGUAAACAAAGGUAUGUUUUUAUUUACCUCCUUAAUGGCAGAGAUUUGAUCAUUGAGACUAAAGGGACAUAAUCUAUACACAAAAGCUGCUUCAUGAAGCUACUGUUGUUUUGGUGCCUAGACUAUUCCUUUAAUUUAGAGUAUAUUCAUGCAGAUUAGUUAUGCAUUUAGUUUUAUUUCUGGUUUAAUGGAGUUCAAGGUACUGGCGCAGUUAAUAGAAACAUAGAAUGUGACGGCAGAUAAGAACCAUUCAGCCCAUCUAGUCUGCCCAAUUUUCUAAAUACUUUUAUUAGUCUCUGGCAUUAUCCUAUAGUUAGGAUAGCCUUAUGCCUAUCCCACGCAUGCUUAAACUCCUAUAUUGUGUUAACCUCUACCACUUCAGCUGGAAGGCUAUUCCAUGCAUUCACUACCCUCUCAGUAAAGUAAUACUUCCUGAUAUUAUUUUUAAACCUUUGCCCCUUUUAUUUAAGACUAUGUCCUCUUGUUGUGGUAGUUUUUAUUCUUUUAAAUAUAGUCUCCUCCUUUACUGUGUUGAUUCCCUUUAUGUAUUUAAAUGUUUCUGUCAUAUCCCCCCUGUCUCGUCUUUCCUCCAAGCUAUACGUGUUAAGAACCUUUAACCUUUCCUGGUAAGUUUUAUCCUGCAAUCCAUGAACCAGUUUAGUAGCCCUUCUCUGAACUCUCUCUAAAGUCUCAAUAUCCUUCUGGAGAUACAGUCUCCAGUACUGUGUACAAUACUCCAAGUGAGGUCUCACCAGUGUUCUGUACAAUGGCAUGAGCACUUCCCUCUUUCUACUGCUAAUACCUCUCCCUAUACAACCAAGCAUUCUGCUAGCAUUUCCUGCUGCUCUAUUACAUUGUCUGCCUACCUUUAAGUCAUCAGAAAUAAUCACCCCUAAAUCCCUUUCCUCAUAUGUUGAGGUUAGGACUCUAUCAAAUAUUCUGUACUCUGCCCUUGGGUUUUUACGUCCAAGAUGCAUUAUCUUGCACUUAUCCACAUUAAAUGUCAGUUGCCACAAUUCUGACCAUUUUUCUAGUUUACUUAAAUCAUUUGCAUUUGGCUUAUUCCUCCUGGAACAUCAACCCUGUUACAUAUCUUAGUAUCAUCAGCAAAAAGACAUACCUUACCAUCAAGACCUUCUGCAAUAUCACUAAUAAAAAUAUUAAAGAGAAUGGGUCCAAGUACAGAUCCCUGAGGUACCCCACUGGUGACAAGUCCAAGCUUCGAAUAUACUCCAUUAACUACAACCCUCUGUUGCCUGUCACUCAGCCACUGCCUUACCCAUUCAACAAUAUUGGAAUCCAAACUUAAAGAUUGCAGUUUAUUGAUAAGCCUUCUAUGUGCAACACUGUCAAAAGCCUUACUGAAAUCUAGGUAAUGAGGAAAUCUGCUGCAGCCACUGCAUGUAUCUCAGGCGUAUCCGGUUAUAACCUGUGUGCAAGGUGCUUGUGAACUGCAAAUCCAAUGAUUCGUUGCCUCUUACAGGUUUGCAAGGAAUGAUAGGAGUCACAGUCCAAAAGGUAUGCAGCUCAAACAUGCUCUGCACUUACCAUUAGGUGCUGCUAAUGAAAUACUCUUUAUUAAUUGACCAUCAGCAUAUGUGACCACCUCUAUAAAAGCUGACGUUUUAGCAUGAUCUGGAGCAUUCAGUUGUGUUUUAACACAAUGCCAAGGAGGAACGGCAUCAGCAAUGAUUUUAGAGAAGCAAUUGUUGUUGCCCAUGAAACUGUCUGGUUAUAAGGCCAUUUCCAAACAUGUUAAAUUCUAUCAUUCUAUAGUGAGAAAGAUUAUGCAAAAGUGGAAAACAUUCAAGACCGUUUUAAAUCUUCCCAGGAGUGGAUGGCCCAGCAAAUUCACCCCAGGGACUCUACAAGGCUCCGUUAGCAUGUUAAAUGUUAAAGCUCAAGACAGUACAAUUAGAAAAAGACUGGACAAUUAUGGUUUGUUUGGAAGGGUUGCCAGGAGAAAGCAUCUUCUCUCAAAAAGAUUAUGGCAGCACAGCUUAGGUUUGCAAAGUUGUAUCUGAAUAAACCACAAGACUUCUGAAACAAUGUCCUUUGGACAGACACUACCAAAGUAGAGAUGUUUGACAAUAAUUCACAGCGCCAGGUUUGGUGAAAACCAAACACAGCAUAUUGGCACAAACACCUCAUACCAGCUGUCAACCACAGUGGUGGAGGGGUGAUGAUUUGGGCUUGUUUUGCAGCCACAAGACCUAGGGACCAUCCAGUCAUUGAGCAGAUCGUGAACGCCUCUGUAUCACAAAGUAUUAAUUCUAGAGUCAAACGUGAGGCAAUCUGUCAGACAGCUAAAGCUUGGCCAAAAUUGAGUCAUGCAACAGGACAAGGAUCCCAAGCACACCAGCAAAUCUACAACCGCAUGUCUGAUAAAGAAAAUAAUCAAAGUGUUACAAUGGUCCAGUCAAAGUCCAGAUCUCAACCCAAUUGAAAUGCUGUGGCAGGACCUUACGAGAGCUGUGCAUAAACAAAUGCCAAAAAAGAAUAGUGGUCCAAAAUUCCUCCACAACGAUGUGUGAGACUGAUAAAGUCAUACAGAAAGCAAAUACUCCAAAUUAUUGCUGCUAAAGGUGGUUCUACAAACCACUAAAUCAUAUAAUGUACUUAGUAUUUCACCCAUGGCUUCUCCAUUUGGCUUUAUUUUUCUAAAUAAAUUUUGACACGGUGUAAAUGUUAUGUGUUGUUACAUCUGAGGUUGUAUUUACCAUAUUUAAGACCUGCUAAGGAACAGAUUAUGUCCUGAUUUGUAAAACCAUACACUUCGACAUGUGACUUAUCCUGCAUAGUCCUCUCACACAGGGCCACAAUGUUGGAGGCAAUCUGACACCCUGCUGGUUCGAGAGAUAGAAUAUCAUAGGCCUUCAUAUGCUGCGUGGGACUAUGCAUUCCCUAUACAGGGGGUUGGCUAACUACAUCCUGGGACAUGAGAGAACUUUACAGGGCGCUAUACUACUGUCUUGGGGGACACUCUCCAUUACAUGCCAUAAGUAUAUGUAGAACCCAAGAGUCUUUCUUUGUUCAGAUGCAUGAAUCCUAUUCUUUUCCUAUAUAUAGUUUGAUAAAAUACAUAGCCUGAGAAUGGUAUCAAACAUUUUGUUUUACUGACUCACAUUCUCUUGUUUCUGAUUUUAAAGGGAAACUCCAGUGCCAGGAAAACAAUCCGUUUUCCUGACACUGCAGGUUCCCUCUCCCUACCACCCCCCAAUCCCCGGUUGCUGAAGGGGUGAAAACCCCUUCAGUAACUUACCUGAGGCAGUGACGAUUUCCCACGUCGCUGCUUCUCCCUCCACGCCGCUCCUCCUUCUGACUGAGUCGGCCGGUGUGCGAGACUGAUCCCGCCCACCGGCCGGGAAGACCUAAUGCGCAUGCGCGGCAAUGCUGCACAUGCACAUUAGCGCUCCCCAUAGGAAAGCAUUGAAAAUGCAUUUCAGUGCUUUCCUAUGGGGAAAUGAGCGAAGCUGGAGGUCCUCACACAGUGUGAGGACGUCCAGCGACGCUCUAGCACAGGUUUCCUGUGCUAGGAACCAGGAAGUGCCCUCUAGUGGCUGUCUAGUAGACAGCCACUAGAGGUGGAGUUAACCCUGCAAGGUAAUUAUUGCAGUUAAUAAAAACUGCAAUAAUUACACUUGCAGGGUUAAGAGUAGUGGGAAUUGGCACCAGACCACUCCAAUGGGCAGAAGUGGUCUUGGUUCCUGGAGUGUCCCUUUAACUACACAAAGUGCAGUGUCUCUGGCAUUUAAUGUUCAGCCUGAUUUCAAAUCUUCUGAUUUUUAUUUCAGUUUAAAUGUCCAUGUAUCCAAAUGUUCUGUUUCACCAUGCACAACAAAAAUAAAGAUUAUUGAAAAAGAAUUCAAAGAGGGUGCACUUUCUUUUUCCCAUAACUGUGUGUGUAUGUAUGUGUGUGUGUAGAUAUGUAUUUGUGUGUGUGUGUGUGUGUGUAUAUAUAAAAUCCAAGUAGAGAGCACUCUGGAGUCUCAAUAGUAAUUUUAAACUGUUGCUUUAUGUAAGCAAUUACAGUGAUACAUGUAAAAAAGUCGACGUUUCAGUCUAUUCAGACUUUUAUCAAGAGGGUCUUGAUGAAAGUCUGAAUAGACUGAAACGUUGACUUUUUUUUACAUGUAUCACUGUAAUUGCUUAAAUAAAGCAACAGUUUAAAAUUACUAUUGAGACUCCAGAGUGCUCUCUACUUGGAUUUUAUAUUUGGUUGGAGACUGCACCGGAGCAACUGAAACACCGGGAGCAUCGAGUGCUGGGACCUGAGAGAGAGAGAGAGAGAGAGAGAGAGAGAGAGAGAGAGAGAUAGAGAUACUUUCAUAUAUAUAUAUAAUUUUAAAAAAAAUUUUUUUCUAUUUAAAAGUUUUAGAAUGGCUUGACUUCUUACCUGGGGUUAGAUGAGUGCUGCUCCCCGCCUCCACUACAGCCAGCAGAAUGUCUGAAGCUCCUGCUUAGUAGUUUCCAUUUUCUCUACCGAGCUAAGACUUGCAGUGGCCAACAGUGUAGGCUGAUCACUCUUAGCCACUGAGCUAGGCUGUAGCGUAGACUGGGAGCGAUGGCCAUCCGACUGCCAUCUAAGAAUUCAAGCUGAUCUAAAAUGGCUCUAGGGAAAUCUUGGCACCAUGAUUAGUACAGGGCCUUGUAGAGGUCAUGGUGCUUGUUCCAUCAAACAGGAUAUGAUGCUAUAUUUUUAAUUAAUUGGCAAGUUAAUAUGAGAUUGGUGCGAUAUUAAGUAUUUAUGAAAUUCAGAAGUAAUAAUGUGAUAUUUUGUCUUUACUGUAGCACUGUAUGGAACGUUCCUCUCUCCUAUAUCACAAGCAACUCUUAUGGAAGCAGUUCUACCUACCUACUAAACCAAACAGCAGGUAAUAGCAGUCUUGUUUAAAUAAUAUAGAAUAAUGCAAUACAAACAAAUAGGUCAUGUUUGACUAUAAAUAUCUGCUCACUUUAAUGACCUAAAUGAGCAGUUGUCACCUUUUUGUAGGUGUAAUUCUUCUUUUACUCGCCAAAUGCUAAAUAGGUUGACACGUUCAGUGGAUCCCUGUGCAGUUGUGCUGUUUGAUGGAUGCAUUGAUGGUGACCCCUUACAGUAGGCACUCUCACACUUGGGAUUUGUUCUUGCCAGUCUGUUCUCUGCAUUAAGGAGUGUGUAGACCACAGGAACGUUAUCAGGUUCCAGAAACACCUGAGGCUUGAGGUCAAAGAAAAGCUUUGAUGACUCGUACACUAAGAAAGAGCUGGAAAUGUCAUGAUAUAUCCCCUCUUCUCUAUGUUAUGUUGCUGCCUUUCAGUGUUAUUUGUUCUGUCCUCCAGCACCUUGCCCCGUCAACAAUAACCCAGGGGAAUUGGCCCAAUCCCUCUAGGUAGCUUGGAUUACCACUAGACUAGUGAUCUUUCAUUUUAUAAUAGGUAUCUGAUUUGAGAAGCCUGAUGUAAAAAUAAAAACAAAAAACACUUAUAAUCUCUGACCUUCUCCAUAGACUCUAGGCUGUAAAGGGCCCCACAUACAGAGCUUCAGCCUCCGACCCUUCCCCUUCCCCUUCCACUUUGCUAGCAACCUUUUACUAUAUUUUCCUAUUAAUCUGUUUUCCGGUGAAUGACAAUGGAAGCCAAGACCACUAUGACAUAGCCCCUUUCCCAAACCCCCACCCAUGCUACAUACUACUUGAGAUAUACUGUGUAUAUACUCCUAUAACCUCCGAUCCAGUACCAGCACUUUAUUUAGUCUACCUCAAUACAAAAAGAAAGCAGCUCGAUUCUCCUUUUCCUACAAAGUGCCGCAAUUGUGGAACGACCUCCCGCACACUUUUAAAUCCUCCCCAAGCUUAAAGUCCUUUAAGAGAUCCCUCUCUACAUAUCUCAAAACAGAAUGCACCUGCCAUGGUUGAUUAUAAUAUAUUUCCAACCUGUACUAAGUUAAAUUUUGUAUAUAUUGUGUAGUGAUAUUAUUUUUGUAUUUUAUUGUACCCUAUUGUAUCAAUGCAAUGUUUUGUGGACCCAGGACAUACUUGAAAACGAGAGAAAUCUCAAUGUAUCCUUUUUGGUAAAAUAUUUUAUAAAUAUGGUAUAUUGAGAUAUAACCAUUGUGAUGUACCCAUGCAGCAUUAAUUGUAGGUGUUGACUCUUUCCUGCUUAGCUGAUAUAAGCCACAAAGGGGUUAUUUAUAGUUAUCAACUUUGGAGCGUUAUGAAGUAAUACACCACUUGUUACUUUGGUUGUGUUUAAUUUAGAGAUUUACCUUAUCAGAGGAACCUUCUAAAAAGAACCGUAUAAAGUCAAUUAUAAUUUUAUUGAGCAAGAGCAAAGGGUAUCAAUAAAAGUCACAUCAACAUAGCAUUAGAGAAUAUUCCACAUAAAGCAAUAAGGAAGUCACAAUAAAAUACAGCGGGAAUCAAUAAAACAAAUGUUGCCGUAUACAGGGUUAGUAACGAAAGUGAAAACUCCAAGUCAAUUUCAAACUAAAGGCGAAAGUAAAAGAAUUAGAAGCCGAAUUUUUGCAGUUCAGAUAUUUUGACCUGAAAUUUGAAAUUUACUUUGAAUAAGCCUGAUUGUUUUAUCAAGAAGAUUAAACAAAAGUUAUGAUGUGGCUUAAUCCUAACCAGUCCCUCUCUAUUCUAUUUUUUUUUUUUUUUUUAAUACAAUUACAGAACACAGCUCUAAAAUGACCAUGAUGUAGUUAUAGAAGAAAACACUGACAACAAAACUAAAUUUUGUCCAAGAUAUAUAUAGAUUGGGGCAUUGUAUUUUUUUGAACAUGAAAUAAAUCUAACACAGUAAUUGAAAAAAACGUGGAAUGCACCAUAUCUUUUGGAAAAAAACAAAAAAUAUAUAUAUAACUUUAAAGAUAUGUAUGAAGUUAUUCAUUCACAAGAAACUAGUAGACAUAACAUAUAGAAAGGAAUAUACAUUGGUACCUCGGUUUCCGAAUUUAAUGCGUUCUCCGGGACGUUUCUUAUUGGGAAACAUUUGUAAACUGAAACGCGGUUUCCUAUAGGAAUGCAUUAAAAAAACAAUCCGUUCCGGAGGUCAGAAAAAAGUCAAAAUGAGCUGGCAUGGACACCAACUCACAAUGCAGAACACACAAUAAAAGGCAUGCAAACGACAGCUCAGCUCCCUACCUUUCCACCGCUUGAGAAAUGCACAAAAAAAGUUCUAAAAUGUCCCAAAACCACUGCAAAAAUUUUCCAGAAUGGCUCCAAAACUCAAUGCAAAAGCUGCUCCAACACCUCCACACUCGAAGCCACAUGCUACCCGCAGGCUCCAGCAUGCACGGGGGCGGCGCUAUAAACCUCCCAGGCGCAAUGCAUCCUGGGGAAACUCGCUUUGUAUUGUCAAAAAAAUUUGUAAACCGAGGCUUUAUUUUCAAUGGAUUUUUUUUUUUUUUGUAUACCGAAAAUUGUUAACCGAGGCGUUUGUAAACCGAGGUCGCACUGUAUAAGGUUUUUCAUUCACAAAGAGACAGUUUAGUGUUCACAAAAUUUGUUUUACUGAUUUCCAUUGUAUUUCAUUGUGACUUUCUCAUCCAUGUUUUUAAAAUGCCUAACGCGGAAAUGUCACCGCGGGUGUAGUGGGGUGAAUAAUGCAAUGGAGGUAAAUAAAUAAAAAAUAAAAAUUACCUCCACUGCACUUCCGCCAUCGUGACAAUUAUGUCAGUAAAUAAGUUAGUAACUCAUGUUUUUUUUUCUCCAUAACAGGUAAAAUAAUUCUACCAAAUGAAGAAUCUUGGGUAAAAUUCAAUGUUCGAAUGACUGGAUACUAUUUAGUCGACUAUGGUCAAGAAGGCUGGAUUGCACUGAUUAGACAACUUCACGAUAAUCACACCGUUCUCUCUCCAGACGACCGAGCAAAUCUAAUCCAUGACAUAUUCUUAAUUGGGGGGUAUAACAAUAAAUUCCUUCUUUUUUUUUUUUUUUUUUUUUACUUAUGUAUUUUGAAUCUGAAUUUUUAUUAUCGUUGUUUUUCAAGUACGUUGGCAACUUUUCAUGUAAAAAAAAAUAUAUAUUUAAAAAAAUUUAAAUAAGAGAAGUUUUAUAAUCUCUCUUGCACUUUAUACAUGGGAAAAGUCAGAUAUUUGUCUUUCCAGAGCAAUAUGUUUCAUUGCAUUUUGGAAUGUUCGUGUGUUUGUUUCAUACUGGACAGGAAAUGAUGAUUGACCUCAACCUAGCCCUGGAUAUUUCAACAACCAGUUGAUUUAUUGAAACUGCUAAGUGAACAGAAUGCUGUAUCUUGUGGUUUGUGCAAUGCACGUAGCUCUACAAGGAAGAUUUUGAAUGAUGAUUUUAGUUAAAAAUAUUUUAAGGACUUUUUUUAUUUUUUUUUAAAAACAAGGAUGAGUAAUAGCAUGUCAGAUUUUUAUAUCUCUUUUGUCUACUAGUUUAGUAUUAAAAGAUAAAAUGUUUCUGUGCUGUUGGAAUUACUCAUGUUUUUGUCUUCCUAGUUGUGGUCUCCUGUUAGUUUCUGUGCCGAUUGCUACUAAUUUAGCAGCUUGGCCAAGAAUCCUUAUGACUUGAUAAACUAAUCUCCUGGGUAACCAGAUGGCUUGGAUAUAAAGUUCCUUCUGUUUUAACUUCCUAUUACUCUUAUUUCUUUAUAAAUGUACAUUGUGACACACUGCUGCUAGAGAGUUGUAUCAUGGAGUUAUUUGAAAUGAAUUCAGCAGUAAUAGACUUGUGCAAUAAUUUGUUGGACGGGAUUCACCCGAAUAAAAUGUCCUGUUAAUCAAUACCAGAACAAAUCGUUUCGAUAUUAUACAAGAGAGAUGUGCCCAGCCUCCCUGAAUAGCCAAUGAACGUAUAACUAUAUUAUUAUUAUCACUUUGUAUCAUAUUGUGCUGUAAAUAAAUGUGACACAAGUCACCUAAAGUGCCGAUGCAUUAAAAUACAUGCACUUUUACAAGUAUAAAGCACAACAAAGGUGUGCUAGUAGCACUUUCCCCCAAGGUCCACUUAUCUCCAGACAGUCCUGUUCUUUACUGCUCAGUUGGUAGACAAGUACUCCUUGAAGAAGGCCUUAGUUCUGGCCUUAGUCCAGAUAAGAUGAAACGUGCCAAGCUUAUUCUAUACAUGUGGUGUGGACAGGAGGCUUGCAGACCAUAAAAGAAGUAAGGCAAGGACUAGGAUCUUCUUCACUGUGGACCAGCUGAGCAGUAAAGAGGGGGACUAAUUGGAGAUAAAUGACCCUUGGGGCAAAGUGCUAUUCACACACUCUUGUUGUGCGCUUUGUAUUUGUAAUAAUGAACCAGCACUUUAGGUGAUGUAUGUCACAUUUAUUUACAUUGUCCACACAUUUGCUCCAGACACACUUUUGGUGUUUGCUGUCCUUGCAUAGCCAUCAUUAAAGUUCAUUGUGUAGGAGUGUAUUAUAGAGCUCUGGGGUAUAUGUAGUAUUCUAGUGUUGUAACCACUACUUCACAAAUUCGCUGUACACAACCCUGUCAAAUUAAUUUGCUUGGUAUAUUUCUCUUCUGAUAGGUUGGGGAAAGUCAGCUUAUCAAACGCUUUUGAUCUAAUAUCAUAUAUUGUAAACGAAACCGAUGUUGUUCCCAUUAAAGAAGUGCUACAUCAACUUCAUCACAUCCAUGCGAUCUUAGACAAACGUUCGGAGAUUGAAUUGGCUAACAAAGUAAUGGUAUGUAUAUCACUUGGCUCGGUUUUAUUUACAUAAAUGUAAUCAUAUAUUAUUGUAAUUGUGAUAUUAUCUUGAUUUCGUUGCAUUUAUUUACUUAAUACGUCUAUAUGAGCCCCUUGGCAUGUAUUUUUAUAAAUUUAAUAAAUUGAAUUGUACCAAUUAUUGGCCAGAAUUCUCACAUUUAUUAAUCUGUGUGAGCUUUAACCGUCACCUCCCUAUUAAAAAUCACUACCUACAUCCCUUUCCAUAUUCAGGACAUAUUUAAUUAUGCUUCCAUGUACACAAUGGAGGGACUGCAGUCAUGUUGAAUUGGAAUAAUCUACUGUGUAAAGGUGCAAUAUACCACUGGAGUGGCAAGGCUCAAACUAUCAUUUCUACUUUACAGGAAAGUUGAGGCACCUGAGAUUAUUAAAAAAACAUUUCGGCCAUGCCGUUGUUGUCUUUCUCAAGCUAUAGCGCUGACUUGAGAAAGGCUACGUGGAUCGUUUGGCUGAAACAUUGUCUCGAUUGCUUGGAUGUUUUAAUUAAAGUCUGCGUUUUUAAGAAUCUUGAGUGCCUGGACUUUCCUAUAUACUUCAUUUUGUGACCGGAAAUGAAAUCAAACAGUCCACCCAGGCACUUAUAAAGAAGAUUUAAAAGAAAAUCAAGGAAACUUGCUUGUACAAAAAUGCUAUAUAUAUUUUUUCCCCAUAAUGAUAAAUAAUACACAGACCCAGUGUUCUCACACUCCUCUCCAAAAACAUAAUAUUGUGCAACCUGAUGUUUUGCAGAGAUAAAGGAAGCAGCUACUAUAGUAAAUACAUUGUUACACUUCAUUACAUACAUCGAUGUGUAAGCAUUUGGUUCAUGAGCAUUUUUGUCCACGUAGCUCAAAUAAAAAUGAUCAAUAAAGUUUGUCUUUUAUAUGACACUAUUUUCAAAUGUUCAUGUGAUUUCAGCAACGUGGUUUGAGCUUAUUGAAGGCCAGAAUUGAUAAUCAGACCUGGAAUGACGAAGGAGGUUUACCCCAACGAGAGCUGAGAUCCACCCUUCUCGAUUUUGCUUGUUCUUAUGGCGAUAAAGAGUGUAUAAUUGUUGCUACAAACCUUUUUAACCAGUGGAAGAACAAUGGAACACAGUAAGGACGGGGCACGUGGUUUCCAGCCAUUGUUGGAUCCAGUGUGAUGUGACACACAUUUGAUGAGAUAUUUCAUAUUGUUCUAUACAUAUAAAAUAUGUUAUUCUAAGUUCUUUCUUACAUAGACACUAAAACCAGCAAUUUGGCUGCAUGACAUAAUCUACAGCUUUCUUUUAUAACAUUACCAUUUCAACAUGCUAAUUAUAUAGCAUAAACUAUAUAUAUCACAUGCUCAACCCGUAUAUUAGAUGAGUUGCUGGGGGAUCAGACUUAUCUGGACUGGAGUCCCCUGCAGAGUCCUGAAAAGCUCCAAUUUGACUUUGGAAUCCUUACAUUGGCCUCAAUUUAAUAAUGUUGGAUACGUUUUUCAAAUGGUUUAAUAUUUUUAGGAUAAACAUUUAUAAUUAUUUUUUCAACAUAUUAAAAUGUAAAAAAAAUAUAUCCCCGAUAUAAAAAAAAAAAUAUAUAUAUAUAUAUAUAUAUAUAUAUAUAUAUAUAUCCAUAUUACAAAAUAUCAAUAGUUUUUAUAAUAUUAAAUUAUUUCAGAAGUUUACCCAACAAUAUUAAAUCAAGGCCAUGGUAAGUACCAAGUCCCAUGUAACAUUGAAAGAGAAAUAACACUUCAAAUUACACAAUUUGUGAAAGUGACACUUUAAGGUUUUAUAUUCAGACUUAAUAAUACAGCACAGUGUGGGGGUAUUGCUGUGUAAACAGUGAUUUAAUGCUACAAAUUUAGAAUUAAUUCACUAUAGAGUUAAUACAAUAUAGUGUAGGGUUAAUACAGAUUUUUAUAAAUGUAGCUUUAUAAAACAAUCUGAAUUAAUUUGACUACUUGGUGUUAUAAUGUUAUUUACAGAACAUAUUAGGGUUUAGUGUUUGACUUAGGAUGUCAGAUACAGCUGGGUUUUAGGUGCUUUAAAUUAAAGGGACACUAUAGUCACCAAAACAACUUUAGCUUAAUGAAGCAGUUUUGGUGUAUAGAACAUGCUCCUGCAGCCUCACUGCUCAAUCCUCUGCCAUUUAGGAGUUAAAUCCCUUUGUUUAUGAACCCUAGUCACACCUCCCUGCAUGUGACUUGCACAGCCUUCCAUAAACACUUCCUGUAAAGAGAGCCCUAUUUAGGCUUUCUUUAUUGCAAGUUCUGUUUAAUUAAGAUUUUCUUAUCCCCUGCUAUGUUAAUAGCUUGCUAGACCCUGCAAGAGCCUCCUGUAUGUGAUUAAAGUUCAAUUUAGAGAUUGAGAUACAAUUAUUUAAGGUAAAUUACAUCUGUUUGAAAGUGAAACCAGUUUUUUUUCAUGCAGGCUCUGUCAAUCAUAGCCAGGGGAGGUGUGGCUAGGGCUGCAUAAACAGAAACAAAGUGAUUUAACUCCUAAAUGACAGUGAAUUGAGCAGUGAAAUUGCAGGGGAAUGAUCUAUACAUUAAAACUGCUUUAUUUAGCUAAAGUAAUUUAGGUGACUAUAGUGUUCCUUUAAUAUAUGUGGAUGGGCCAUACAACUUACUUGAGCUGACAACCCAGGUAUUUUGCCACCAAGUAUGUAUGGUCUCACAGGUUCUCCUUAUAAAGGUUAGGGGUUGGUAAGGGCCAUGAUAAUCACCAGACCAAUUUUACUUAAUGAAUCCGUUUUUGUGUACAGAUCAUGCCUCUGAAGUUUCACUGCUGAAUUCUCUGCCAUUUUGGAGUUUAUUCACUUUUUUUGUUUCUGUUUUAUGCAGCCCUAUCCACACCUCCCCUGCCUGUGACUGACACAACCUGAAUGAAAACAAAAUGGUUUCAAGUUCAAUCAGAUGUAACUUACUUUAAAGGUUUGUAUCUCCUGUUCUGUAAAUUGAACUUUAAUUACAUAUGUGCUUAUGGAAGGCUGUGCAAGUCACAUGCAGGGAGGUGUGACCAGGGUUCAUAAACAAAGGGAUUUAACUCCUACAUGUGAUUAAAGUUCAAAUUAGAGAUUGAGAUACAAUUAAUUAAGGUAAAUUACAUCUGUUUGAAAGUGAAACCAGUUUUUUUUUCAUGCAGGCUCUGUCAAUCAUAGCCAGGGAAGGUGUGGCUAGGGCUGCAUAAACAGAAACAAAGUGAUUUAACUCCUAAAUGACAGUGAAUUGAGCAGUGAAAUUGCAGGGGAAUGAUCUAUACACUAAAACUGCUUUAUUUAGCUAAAUUAAUUUAGGUGACUAUAGUGUUCCUUUAAGGUAUUAUUGUUAUUAUUAUUGCCAUUUAAAUGGCGCAAACAGGUUCCAUAGCACUUUACAAUAUGAGAGGGGGAUUUAACUAUAAAUAGGACAAUUACAAGAAAACUUACAGGAGCGAUAGGUUAAAGAGGACCCUGCUCAAACGAGCUUACAGUCUAUAGGUAAUGCUCCCUUCCUGUGUCACUAUGAUUGACAGUUCCUCUUGCCCCCUUCAAAAUGUUUGGCUUUUUUGGGGGAUUCUCCCCUAGGCUGGACAGGCCAUUCCCAUGUUGCCAACAUCCUUGGCAUUUCAAUUUGUGUCCAAAUGAGGUGACAUCUAUCACUGAAUUCCUAUACUUCUCUAGGUGAAGUAUGGUGCUCUUGCUAGACGAGUAGUCAUAACAGUGCCGUGUUGGAGAGCAGGAGAACCACUGUAAGGGUGCUUUACUGCUCUUCCUAGUUAAUCAGUUGUUGAGAUUGAGGUCUACAAUGAUUCUAUGCUGAAAAUAAAUUGACAGAUUAGGGAAAGUCCAAAACUUUUUGUAGAUUUUAAAGAGUUUAUGUAUCUGCUAGCACAAGGUAUAGGUCAAAUGAUGUCUCUCAUUAACAGUAGAGCUGUGUGUACCACAACAGGUACACUUUAAAUUAAAGGAACCGCCAAUUCCUUUUUUUUUAAGGGGACUAAUGAAGCAGAUUUUCCCCCCCAUAAAUGUAAAGAGAUUUUUGUUUAGGAUCCCGGGGAGGAUGAUUUAAAAGCCUGGAAACCGUUGCCCAUUGAAUGUGGUUUUGCAAAAUUCCAAUUAUAUUUCACAUACUGGCAUGUGAAAAUAGUAACAAAUAUUCCCAGACCUACUGAACAUCAUCUUGCCACCCCUAUUCUAAUUGUAUUACGUGAACACGCGCUUCUAUAAAUUAGAACACAGUGUAUUUCUUCUUUUCUUCUUCAGACUUCCCACGGAUGUAAUGAAAGUUGUGUUUAAAAUUGGUGCACACACAGACGAAGGCUGGGCGUACCUCUUACAGGUAUACAUGUCUUCCUCGUACGCAGCAGAAAAGUUGAAAAUAUUGGAAGCACUUUCAAGCACAGAUAAUGCCAAGAAGUUAAUUUGGUAUGUACACAAGCUCCCGAAAAUGCAAAUGAAGUUUGUGUAAAUUGGCAAAAAAAAAUGUACUCACAAUACUGACGUAUAAUUGGAUAAGCUGGGUGGGUAGGGUUUUUGGGGGGAGAGGGGGGGUUUGAAAUUCUUAAAAUAAAAAAUAAAAAUCAUUUUUUUUCUUCACUAUUAUUUUUGUGACAUGACUGCUUCAAUGUUCCAUUUCAAUUCCAUUAACCAAGUGGGCGUAAUGAACUGGUUGAUGCUAGAAUAUAAUAGUGACUUUAGCAGAAAGAAAUAGAUUUGCAGAAAAAUGCCGCAACUAUUUUGUUCUAGAACGUCCUGAAAACAACCUCUUUUUCUCCUCCUUAGGUUAAUGCAAGAGUCCCUCCGAGGACAGAUGAUAAAGUCUCAGGAUCUGCAAACGGUCAUUGCUUAUAUCUCUAGGAAUGUACCUGGCUUCUUAGUAGCAUGGAACUUCGUGAAACAGAACUGGGAUGAAAUCACUCAGAAGUAAGGGCACAGUUUACCACGUGGACAACUAGCUUCUCAGAAAUGUAUCUUCUGUCCGUCUCUUGCAGUGUUACUCCAGUAAUGCACACAAAGUGUACAGUUUAACGGAAUCUAUUUGUGGAAAAGCUUAAUUUCAAUCGCAACAAAUGUUUUCUACCAUUACCACCACCUACAGGGGGGGGAAAAAAACAGGGAAAGGUGGUCUGUUAUCAGGCUCUCCAUUUAGUUGUACCCAGUUGAAGGCUGAGGAACGUUUGCGUAUUGCCCAAAGUUACUGAAUUCCUAUGUAGUAGAUAUGCUAUUGCAUUAGGUUGAAUGUAUGCCUGGAUGAUUAAAACUGUGAUCAUGAUUAUUUAUUUACUUGGAUUCUAGAUUCCAGCCUGGAUCAUUUCCCAUACAGACAAUUGUCGCCAAGACCACGUUCAAGUUUUCUACAGAAGCCUAUUUAAAUGAGGUCAGUAAUAGCCGAGUAAUGUUAAUUCGAAAGUAUUGCCUACGGUUUUUCUUGGCUGAUCACAAUAUUUUGCACUAAACCUCAUUGUUUAGCUUUCCUAAAGGCAGGAAAGCAGAAUUGCCACAGUUUCAGGAUUUUGGCCAAAUUCUACAUUUAUUAAACCUUGUGAUAAUUAAUACUGGCAUAUGAUGAGAUGGUGAUGGUCUUUACAUCACAUAAGUGAAUAAAACAGGCCUAUGACCCCGACUAAACUGAGAAAUUUAGCAUUUGCUAAGAGGAUUUUAUAGUGACCAGUAAGGCUUGAUAAAAAGCCUACCGUCCCCUGUGAUUUGGUAUUAAAGACUUAGUUUAUGUAGCGGAAACAGCCUUGUAGCCACUUCUCCAUCCCCUAGGUGUGGGUUAUGGAGGAAUAAUAUCUGAAAUGUGGUAGAUUUAAGUCAUUUUUGAAUGUAGCAAGAUGGAAUCCUGAGACUAUUAAAUGUAUAUUCUCAUGUAAUUCCAAUUUGGUCAGCUGUUUAUUUAAUUUUACGGGAGACAGGAGAUGUUGUCAUUGUGCAGUGUAAGAGAAAUGGAGAUUAUUCCAUAUUUUACUGGUUCUACUGGUCCAUAUCGCCUCUCAUGAAGUCACAGACAAGAGGACUUCCUACUAUGUCUGGCAUCCUCUUGCACAGUGCAAAGAUUUACGUGUGAUAUUUCAUUGUACACCUGUUAGUCUGUGUAAGAACUCUUCAAACUUAGCAACACUCUGGCCACAUCCAUGGCUGGCAAGGGGGUGCAUUUCCCCAAGUCCUAGCAUACAGGUUACAGCCUCACAGCCCCAUUCUCCUGCAGAUUAAGGUUGUGGAAAGUGCUUUGGAACAUCUGUUGGUGCAGGAGUGAGGCAGCAGGCAGGAUUUGUGCAAGGCCAUAACUAGCCUGACGUAUGGUAUGGAUUUAUGCAUGGACUGGUCCACUUGGAUAUUUCCUAAAAUAAUACAGUAUCUGGGACUGGCCAGGCUGCAUGACCUAUAUGACCCAGUAUGUCUGAUGUCCCUAUGAUUAUUAUUUUUUAUUAUUAUUAUUUAUAAAGCGCCAGCAAGUUCCGUAGCGCUGUACAAUGGGUGGACUAGCAGACACGUAUUUGUAACCAGACGAGUUGGACACACAUGAACAGAGGGAUUGAGGGCCCUGCUCAAUGAGCUUACAUGUGAGUUGGGUAUAGUGACACAAAAGAUAAGGGUAGGGUAGAAAGGUAUUCAUUGAGGGCUUAGUGUUUUGUUUUGAUGACAGUUUCAGGAGAGGAAUCAGGGUGCGGGGAGGGAAAGCUGUUUACAGUUUAAUUGAUAUGCUUUCCUAAAGAAGUAGGUUUUUUCAAGUUUUUUGAAGGAGUGGAGAUUGGGUGAAAGUCUAACAGAUGGGAAGAGCAUUCCAUUGGAAUGGUGCAGCCCUAGAGAAGUCUUCAAGGUGAAAAUCAGAGGUAGGAGUACGAACAGAGGUGUAGGGGCCUAGAUGGGACAUAUUUAGAUAUUUGUAAGCAAGUAUCAUGAUCUUAAAUUGCGCACUAUAUCUUACGGGAAGCCAAUGUAGGGACUGACAAAGGGGGGAGGCGUGGGAAGUGCAAGCGUACAGGAAGAUGAGCCUUGCCGCCGCAUGCAUUAUAGCGGCAGGAUUUGGCGAUUGAUUGGACAUGAGGGGUGAAGGAGAGGUCGGAGUCAAAGAACACCUAUGCAGCGAGCGAGGACACAGACAAGGGAGUAGCAACACUUGAGUUUUGGACAGGUUUAAUUUAAGGACAUGAGCAGCCAACCAGUUGGAAAUAGCAGAGAAGCCGUCAGAGACACGAGUCAAGAGGGGUGGUGAGAAAUCAGGGGAGGACAGAUACAUUUGCUUGUCAUUGAUGAGUAUGUAUGAUGUUUACAAAUAUCAGUAGGGUGACACACCAAUUAUCGCUGGUUGCAAUGGACUUGCAGGAAACAGAGUCUGCAUCUCUUAGGCUUACACAGGUCUUUGUGAAUGAUGUGUCAGAGCUGUGCAAGUCACACCUAACAUCUUCAACAGCCUCUAUAUGUAAAACCCAUAUUGUGAAUGUUCCGCACGAGUAACAACAUUCUGUGAGUUUUGUACACAAAAAAAUGUCCAUUCAUUUGUUCUUUCCCCCCCAGCCCAAGAGUUGCCAACCCUCCCCUGGCCACAGCUGCUUGACUUAUGUUAGCUUGUUGCUUAGAGAAAUAAACUCACUACUUAAAUAGCCAGUAAUUGCACAAGUUACUGUAAACAAAGUAUUAGUUUUUAUUAACAAAGUACCAGUUAUCAUGACAAUGUACCAGUUCUUGACAAAACAAAAUCACAGGUUUAUAACACUUAUUUUUUUGUUUAGGUCACAGCUUUCUUUGCAUCGACAAAGGGCAAGAGUAAAGAUAUGUGGUGUGUUAAAGAAGCCAUUGAAAACAUUAAGGUGAACAUCCAAUGGAUUGAGAAGAACCUGGACAGCUUAAAACAAUGGUUGUAGCAUUCAACAAGUCAACAUGCCCACACUGAAACUGUUGGAGAUUCCUUUUUUUCUCCUUUCUUUCUGAAAAACGUGAAGACAAACAAGAAAAUCACUGCAACAUUGUGUGCACUACAAGAAGGUUUUCGAUGGCUCAGGGCGACCACAAAAAAAAAUGUUUUUUCUCUUUUGCACGAGUGCUUGUUGGAGUGAGGAGCGUGGUGAGAGAAUGUAUUUAUUACGGUGUAGUAGAUACCAUGUUGCCUCUCUUGGCUGUGCAUUGCAGUAUACAUGGCUGCAAAUAUUAAGCAAUUUCUCUAUGACCACUGUGUUCAAAUUUCCGGUUUGAAAAGAUUUAUAUGCAACUACUGCUGGUAGCACAUUUUGUCCCAAACGCUGCCGAAAGUCCUUAUGGGUAGCUUCUAAAACUGUGUAAAUAAUAGUUACAGCCAUAUUCAUUAUGGAUAAUGUUUUUGUGCCAGUUUGUUAUAUUAAAGGUAUAUGAAGAGGUAACAUUUUAGGUUGACUCUCCGAAAGGUAUGGACUUGGCUUUCUGUAUGUUGAAUUUUUUUUGUUUGUGUUUUUGUAAGAAAAUCUUUUUUUGGGUGGGGGGGGGGGUGUAAGGGAAGGAUUUAAAGUUAGGGACUAGAUACUUUAAAUGAGAUCCAUUUAAAAACCAACAAUCCAUGUUUAUGAAGCAGUGAUAUUUGCACUGUAGGUUAAACAUUCACUUGCAUUCCUUUAAUGCAGAAAUUGGGCACGUCUAAAAUUCAGCCCACUCAAUUCAACUGUAAAUCACACGUGUUAUUAUGAAAGCCUUUUUAGGGAUUUUUUUUUUUACAUUUCUGUAUUCAAACUGCUGUCAGGGGUAAGCUCUUGCUCUGUAAUAAGAGUUAAUUGAAUAAACCGUAUACUUGUUCUCUAUGAACAAAGAAAAUUACAGUAAUUAAAAAAAACAAAAACAAACAACAAUUAUUUUAAUGCUUUUUUAAAACAUUUUUUUUCUAGGGAAUGCUUUCAUAAAAUAAUAUCGGCUUGGUAUGGGGGGAAGAAAUGCUGUAUAGUUUUGAUGCUGACUUAACACAAUACUUGCACAAAAUCCAGUGUGUGUAGGAAAGUUACGGCAGACCUUGGCACUAAAUAUGUUUGUGUACCACAUUUCCGUUCAGAUUCUGCCAGUCUUUGGGUUAAUCUUCCUUUCUUUGGGAUGACUGUCUUUUUGUAAUACGUUUAAUAUGAUCUGGGUGCUUUUUGCCUAAAGCUCGUAACUGCAUCAGAAAUAUUUUCUUUCUAAACAAAUGGCUUUCUAGAGUUCUUUUCAGAAGCUUGCUGGUUUUUUUUUUGGUUUUGAUUGAAAAUGGUCAAAAAUAAAAUAAUUGGAUACAAUA